AUGAAGCAUGUGGUUCCGCACAGUCUAUCCCCCAACCAAAGAUCCUCCAGAGCAAAGGAUCUGCCAGGACAACUGCUGGUUGUCAACGGCUGCUGCUGCUUCUUCCACCUCACCUCUUGCCUUUCUCUCUCUCGCUCUCUUUCCAUAGUUCACGGCAUCAAGUGGACAUGCAGCAAUGGGAACAGCAGUUCGGGCUUCUCUGUGGAGCAGCUGGUGCAGCAGAUCCUGGACAGCCACCAGACCAAACCGCAGCCUCGGACGCACAAUUGCCUCUGCACUGGCAACUUGGGUGAGGAGCAGGAGCUUGCAGGGCAAAAACGUUCUGCACUCUCCCAGUUUUGGAAUGCCACAAAGUGCUGGAUUUGUGGGAGGGCGGAAUCAGGGUGGGAUGUAGGUUGGCGGGGAAGCAAGGCACCUGCUUUGCACGCAGGAGGGUCACAGAGCUGGGAAGGUCCUCUGCCUGAAAAACUUGAAGAGCCACUGCCAGUCCAUGUAGACAACACUGACAUGGAUGGACCAAUGCUCUGACUCUAUAUAAGGCAUCUUCCUGUGCUCAGGGCCAGCUCACACCUGAGAUAAAGUGAAGCAACUGCCUCAGGUGGCAGAAUCCACAGGGGCAGCAGAUUCUGGUGUAGACCAUUAUUCCUCCUUUGUUCCUGAUGUCAAGCUUCACUUUCCCCUUCUUCCCUGGUGGAGAGGGGAACACCAUUUUGUAGUUCAUUUCAAGUGUCAAAAUGUCUUGGGCCAGUCCUGCCUGCGCUCCCCAUGUCCCUAUGGGGCAGGAGGGUUGAAGGGCUCUUAGCCAUAAUACCUUAAACAGGACCUUACAUUAGAGAGACGGCAGACAUGAGAGGUGGACAAAUCAGCCGAUUUCUAGGCAACUUGGGGAGGUAACUUCCAGUUUGUCCCUUUACUGAGCAUUCAGCCUGAUUUGGUGGUGGGGAGGGCACAUUAUUUUGUCAAAGGAAGUAUUAUCCUUCGCUUCCCAGCAUAUUUGCUAGUCACUCUGCUUAGUGCAAAAUGUCCAGUCUUUUGAGGAAACAGGUCUGUGCAAGAGCUGGAAAUUGAUUAUAAUUGCACGGCCUGCACUUGCCAGGAUACGACUGAAUCCUCACCCCACCAAUAAAAGGGGACAUUCUGUAUGUGCCCCAAAUUUCAGACAUAUAUUCCAUCUUGUUUCUUCUUCAGACUACAAACCUCUUUUAAAUAAUCACACAAGGAAUUACAUUAUUUUUGUAUAUUUUAUCUUAAAAUAUGUGUUUUGUACACAUUUUAUUCUAAAAUGCUUACUUUUGUAUGCAUUUUAACCUAAACUAUGAAUCUUUUUUAUGAUUUUCAGAUUUAUACAUUUCAAUAAUUUUACACUCAUUUUAACAUUUCAAAACUUGACUUCCUUCCCCUUCUUUUUGUGGUUCCUUAAAUUCUUUUAAUUUAUACUCUCCUCCUUCUUGUUCUAAUAAAUUUCUAUAAGUUGUCCACCCUUCUAUCAUAUUCUUUUUCUUUACUGCUAUAGCUUCCAACAGUGAGAGCCAAAGUGGUUUUUACCUUUAAUAAAUGUUUGUAUUUAUCCCAUACUCUAUACAAAUUUUUCCUAAUUAUAUGAUUUGUAAAUCCUUUAUGUACUUUCACCUCUUCAUACCAUAAAUAAGCAUGCCAACCAAAGAUAUUACCAUGACCUUCUAAGUCUAGAUUAUGUGAAUUCUCUAAUGCCAUCCAUUCCUUCAACCAACAAAGACAGGAUGCCUCGUAGUAUAGUCUCAUAUCAAAACCAAUGAAAAGCUAAGUUCCCUCUGGCCCACGUCUUAGUCCAAAAGGCACAAAUCCAGCUGUAGGCAAACCAUGUUCAGGCUGCAGCUCUGAAUCCCCCAACAGGUUGAUCCUUUCAUGGUGCUUUUGCCCAUCUUGCUCUUGCUCUAAGGCUGACGGCUGUAGAAAGCUUCAGCUGUUCAGUCCCAGCCAUCCCUCUGCAUUAGAAAGUAAUACAGAGAAACUUCUGGCAUAAGGACCAGCUGACUUGUGUUCCAGUCCACGAUUAACCUUCUGUUUCUGCUUGGGACAGGCGCAGGUAGCAGUGUGCACCACAAGUGCAACAGUGCCAAACACCGCAUCAUCUCACCAAAGGUCGAGCCGAGGUCAGGCGGGUACAGCGCCCACUCCGAGGUGCAGAACAACGAUGUCUCUGAAGGGAAGAACGAGCACAGCCAUGGCAAGUCCUCCAGCCGGGAGAAAAGGAAUGGCAAAGUGGCCAAGCCGGUCCUGCUGCAUCAGAACAGCACAGAGGUCUCCUCAACCAAUCAGGUGGAAGUCCCCGACACCACGCAGAACUCCCCCGUGUCCAUCAGCAGUGGGUUGAACAGUGACCCCGAUGUGGCGGACAGCCCAGCUGUCACCGGGGUCUCCAGCAUGGCCGUUGCCUCAGUGAUGGGCAACCUGUCGCAGAGCGCCACGGUCUUCAUGUCGGAUGUGACCAGUGAGGCCGUCUACACAAUGUCACCCACCGCGGGUCCCAAUCAGCACCUCCUCUCCUCGGACGCAGCUGCCCAAGGGCUGGUCCUGGCCGUGAGCUCGGAUGGCCACAAGUUCACCUUCCCCACCGCCAGCAGCUCAGAGGGCCUGUCCAUGCUGCCCGCCAGCGUCUCCGAAGAGCUGGUGCUCUCCACCACUCUCGACAGUGGCCGGAAGAUCCCAGAAACCACGAUGAAUUUCGACCCGGACUGCUUCCUUAACAAUCCCAAGCAGGGGCAGACGUAUGGAGGAGGAGGCCCCAAGGCAGAUUGCCUGGGCCCCAACAUCAGGCAGUCCCCCACGACAGAGCGCGGGUUCAACUUCAGUGCAGCCCUCACCAAGGAGAUUAAGACGGAGGACACGUCCUUUGAGCAACAGAUGUCAAAAGAAGCGUUCUCCUCCUCUUCCUCGUCCAACUCGCUCACCCUUACGACCGGUUCCAGUUUGCUCCCGUCCGGCGGAGGCCUCAGCCCCAGUACCACCUUGGAACAAAUGGACUUUAGCGCAAUCGAUUCCAACAAGGAUUACUCCUCUGGUUUCAACCAAGCGGUCCAGAGCCCCCACGUCCACCAGACCCCUUCCCCCAGUUUCUUCCUGCAGGAUGCCAGCAAACCUCUGCCUCUGGAGCAAAACAGCCACAACAACCUGAACGAUGCAAGCAGUUCCUUUGUCAACCCUUUAGGGCUCCCCAACGUGAAGACGGAGGCUUCCUCCCAGAGCACUUCCAACUGCAACGGCACGGUGGAAGCUCGCAUCGAGUCCACCUCUUCGCUCCAGCUCAUGCAGUUCCAGGCAAACUUCCAGGCUAUGUCGGCCGAAGGCGAGGUCCCAAUGGAGACCUCUCCGCAGGCGGAUGGGAAUGAGAACCUGCUGAAGACGGGGGAGCUCCAGGCCUGUGGCGGGACAGAGCACUACAUGCAGCCCGAGACCAACGGGGGCAGCUUGCGGAAUGGGAACAGCCUCCCCAUCCUCCAAGGGAACAUGGUGCAAGGCCUCUACCCAGUAGCCCACCCGGGUUUGAACAACUCCUCCAACAUGGAGCUGAGCUUGGACCACUUUGACAUCUCCUUUAGCAACCAGUUCUCUGACCUGAUCAAUGAUUUCAUCUCGGUGGAAGGUGGGAGCAACACCAUCUACGGGCACCAGCUGGUAUCAGGCGAGAGCAGUGGGCUGUCCCAGCCGGAGGACGCCAACCGGGCCUCCUACAGCCAGGCAGAGAUGUGUAUCCCCUGCUGCAGCCCCCAGCAAGCCAGCCUGCACCUCAGCAGCAGCACAGAGAAUGGGGCAAGCACUCUGGCCUACAUGCACGUGACUGAGGUGGUGUCGGCAGCGGCAGCAGCCGCUGCUGCUCAGGGCACCCUGGGCAUGCUCCAGCAGAGCGGGCGCCUUUUCAUGGUGACGGAUUACUCGCCCGAGUGGUCUUAUCCAGAGGUGAGCUGUUUGGCUUUUCAGCCCUUGGUGGGUUUUUGGCAGUGCUAUUUUUUCUAGAAAAAGAGGUGCAGGAACUCACCAUGAUGAACACCUUCCUUGUUAUCUUAGAAUGGCAAAGGUGCCCACCUGAGAGAUGCCAGAACUGAGUUCCAGUGAGUUGCGGCUGGGGGGGGCAGAAGCCCUGGGUUUUGGAAAUGAGAUAAUUUGGCUUGCCAAGGAGGGGAGGGCCCCACCUCUCUACCUGACUGUCCCUUCUGUGCUCCAGGGAAGUUGGAAAGGAAGGAAAUCCAAAACCACAGCAUGCAAGGGAGAGGGAGCUUCUGCUGUCAGAGGUUUUAUGCCUCUGAAUGCCAGUCCUGGGAGCCACAAGUAGGGAGGGUGCUGCUGCUGCUGCUGCUGCUGUUGUGCUCGUGUCCUGCUUGUGGACUUCCCAGAAAAAAACAUCUGGUUGACCACUGCGAGAACAGGAUUCUGGGACCUGAUCGAGCUGCUGCUGGGCUCCUCUGGUGCUCCUAUAUUCUUCUUUCCAAUAGGCAUUACAGUCUCUCAUUCCCAACAAGGCCUCUGUCCCUCCCUGUUUUAGGCUGAGAGAGAGAUUGGGGUUAUUGGGAGUAGGUAGGUGAGGGACGCGAGUGGCGCUGUGGGUUAAACCACAGAGCCUAGGACUUGCCAAUCAGAAGGUCGGCAGUUCAAAUCCCCGCGAUGGGGUGAGCUCCCGUUGCUCAGUCCCUGCUCCUGCCAACCUAGCAGUUUGAAAGCACAUCAAAGUGCAAGUAGAUAAAUAGGUACCGCUCCGGCGGGAAGGUAAACGGCGUUUCCAUGUGCUGCUCUGGUUCGCCAGAAGCGGCUUACUCAUGCUGGCCACAUGACCUGGAAGCUGUAUGCCGGCUCCCUUGGCCAAUAAAGCGAGAUGAGCGCCGCAACCCCAGAGUCGAUCAUGACUGGACCUAAUGGUCAGGGGUCCCUUUACCUUUUAGGUGAGUGACACAAUUGCCAGCUUCAGCCUAGAAAUAUUUUGAAGCCACCCAGAAUGCUGCCCUGCUACCCGCUCACCUAUGUAGAGCAUUUGUUCGGGCAGAAAAGUGCAAAAUGCACCUUGGAUGAAAGGCAGGUAGAGAGCUGGCCUCCUGGCAGUGCCACGCAGCCAAUCAGCUUUAGCCACAUGGUGACAUCACAAAACCAAACCAGACUGGGCAGGUGUUCACUGAAUGGGUGAACAUUUCCGCCCUGUUUCCUAAAGCCAUUCAUCUUAACCCCAGAAAUAAACCAGUCCAUUCCCAGAGCAAAGUGCCUGCGUGUUGAUGGGAUGCCUUUCAUGAAACACAUCCUUCUGUGUUACCUUUCUCCAACUGCACACCAAGACUCCCAGGGUGGACACUAAAUGUGCACUGGCCAAGGAGCUGCAACCAGACCUGCUCACAGCAUCCACACUUUUGACUCUUUAGAGAAGUAGAUUUGGAAAGUAUUAACAAUGUGUGUGUCGAGGGCCUCCCAAUCCAAGCUGGUAAAAUCACUUUUUUGAAAAGUGUUUUCCUGCCUUUCUGCCACUGGGGGUCAGCACAGGAGAAGCAUAUUUCGGAUUCUCUCCAGGUUUUUAGAUCUCCUGCCCAAAUGUGGCAUUUCCUCUUUGGCAGAAACCAAUGCAGGGCGGCUCUGCAACCUGAAGAUGUUUCUGGUCCUACUUGCUUGGACAGAGGCAGCAAUGGGACAGAGGCCUAGCCUUCCCCCGGCCCACAUUUGAUUCCCUCUCCCAUGCAACUUAGGCUAAAAUAAGUCCUCCCUUCAGAGUCAAGGGUCAGUUUUCUUUGCAGAAUAAGCAGCAGCUGCAGCAAGCUACUGUGGCUUUCCCCACAGAGCCACUUCUCACUGAAAAUGCCCACAGCGGGAAAUAUUGUGUCUUUUCCUCCUAGUGAGUCAGGCACAAUAUUGUUCUGAAAAACAGGCAGAGGGAGAGUGGGUUAAGAUGGCCCUCCCCUGUUGCUGCUCCUCCAGGCUCUUUUACGUUUUUUAGCAAAAUCAGGAGACUGUGAUCCACUUCUCUCUCCUACUGUCUAGCUGGGCCCUGAGAAUCUCAGCCUGACUCAGGAGCUACAGGUGAGCGGAGAGGGACCUUUGCAGCAGCAGCUCCCUUCUUCUGGAAGCGCUUUGGAAAGGAAGUCUGAAUGUCCCUCUCCUGUGUUGUGGUUCCAGUAUUGAUGGAUUGGUUUUUAUUUCUCCUGCUUCAAGGGGCUUUCCUUCAGGUGGAAUGGCAACAAGCUUUGAGGUCCUUAUUGGGAAGAAAGCUGGGCAGUGAACAUGCCUGAUAACAUUCAUCAGACAAUAGGUUGCUGCAUCUUCCAUUCUUUCAGAUGGGGAACUGAGGCAAAGACCGACUUCUCUAGGCCACUGAAGCCAAGGGUGGUAUUUGAACCCCUGCUGGUGGUGUUCAAUGCUAGUCCUACUCAGAGUAGGCCCAUUGAAGUUAACAGACAUGAGCAACUUAGGUUCAUUAAUUUCAGUGGGUCUACUCUGCAUAGGUCUUAGCUGAAUACCAGCUCACAUCUGCCCCAUUUACACUUAACUUCCUGUCUACUAGGUGGCAUUGGUUACAGGACUUUGUUGGAGGAAAUAAGGAAGACAGUAUCUGAUGGAGUGGCACAUGGUUCUUCUCUGCUUCCCACAAAGCUAGCCUUUGCUGAGUGGUGCCUUUCCAAUGUUUGGGGCUACAAUAUGGCCGUGACAGCUGGGGAUGAUGGGAGUUGUAGUCCAAAGCCUCAGUUGGGCACCUUGAACCACACACAGCUCCACACUUCCAGUUCCCAACUGAAAGCCACCUCAUAGAUAUGGGAGGCCCUCCUACCUCGCCAUGGAGCCCUGCCUGCUUGCCUGGUCUUGGUUGUCCCACAUGCAGCAGGCAUUGGCCGCCAGGGCUGAGAGCCCCUUGACAUCCAUAUGACUCUUAUUUUCUCUCUCUGUGGCAAAUGCCAGUAACUUUGUGGAGCAGGAGGAGGAGGGAGCCCCCGAGAGGAGGCAGCCAAGAGUGAUCCAAGAUUGACUCCUCCUGACCCCCAUUCCCUGCUCUGCUUGCUUUUUUACUCUGCAGGGGGGCGUGAAGGUGCUGAUCACAGGGCCCUGGCAGGAGGCCAGCAAUAACUACAGCUGCCUGUUUGACCAGAUCUCAGUGCCGGCCUCCUUGAUACAGCCGGGGGUGCUGCGCUGUUAUUGCCCAGGUGAGAAAUCCAGGAGAGUGUGUGUGUGUUUUAAAGCCACUGUGCUGGAGGUGUUGCAUCAGAAAGAGCUGGGGCAAAUAAUAAUAAUAAUAUAUAAUAUUUAUACCCCGCCCAUCUGGCUGAGUUUCCCCAGCCACUCUGGGCGGCUCCCAAUCGAGUGUUAAAAACAAGACAGCAUUAAAUAUUAAAAACUUCCCUAAAUCAGGCUGCCUUCGGAUGUCUUUUAAAGAUAAGAUAGCUGCUUAUUUCCUUGACAUCUGAUGGGAGGGCGUUCCACAGGGCGGGCGCCACUACCGAAAAGGCCCUCUGUCUGGUUCCCUGUAACCUCACUUUUUGCAAUGAGAUAACCGCCAGAAGGCCCUCGGCGCUGGAUCUCAGUGUCCGGGCUGAAUGAUGGGGGUGGAGACGCUCCUUCAGGUAUACAGGACCAAGGCCAUUUAGGGCUUUAAAGGUCAGCACCGACACUUUGAAUUGUUCUCGGAAAUGUACUGGGAGCCAAUGCAGAUCUCUCAGGACCGGUGUUAUGUGGUCCCGGCGGCCACUCCCAGUCACCAGUCUAGCUGCCACAUUCUGGAUUAAUUGCAGUUUCCGGGUCACCUUCAAAGGUAACCCCACAUAGAGCUCAUUGCAGUAGUCCAAGCAGGAGAUAAUUAGAGCAUGCACCACUCUGGCGAGACAGUCCACAGGCAGGUAAGGUCUCAGCCUGUGUACCAGGUGGAGCUGGUAGACAGCUGCCCUGGACACAGAAUUAACCUGUGCCUCCAUGGACAGCUGUGAGUCUAAAAUGACUCCCAGGCUGCACACCUGGUCCUUCAGGGGCCAGUUCAAGCCUUUGGCUUCCAACCGCAGCAUGCCAGGUUCCUGGAAACCUAUGAGUUGGGGAGGAGUAAGGAAGCCCUCCCCGCCAUUCGUUUCCAGCAUCUGUUAUUUGUAGGGACACGGCCUCUGAGCAUGGAGGUUCAAUUUGACUGUCGUGUCGGUAGAUCUGUCUUCUGAUCUGUUGCUUUUCAUAUAGAUUUUUUCCCCACCUGCUGCUGCCGUCCCAGUUUUAUUGCAUUGUUUAAGCUGUCCUGUUGUUCAGUUCAGUUUGUUGUUUAAAUGGUCAUGCUGGCCACAUGACCCAAAAAGCUGUCUGCGAACAAACGCAGGCUCCCUCGGCCUGAAGCAAGAUGAACGCCGCAUCCCAUAGUUUCACUGGACUUAACUGUCCGGGGGAAUUUUACCUUUACCUUACCACUUUGCAGCAGACAGAGAGCCAGCCUCUGCUUCCAGAAAGGGCAGGUGGUGGGGAGGAGAGGGAGUUGCCACAGUCCCCAACACAAUGAGAAAGGUGUGUUUUGCAGGUGCCCAGUGAAGGCUUCCGUGUGUUGGGAUCACUUUCUUAAAAGCCACCGUCUCCCUUUGCCUUUCAGCUCAUGACACGGGGCUCGUCACUCUGCAAGUGGCCUUCAACAACCAGAUCAUCUCCAACUCGGUGGUCUUUGAGUACAAAGCACGGGCACUGCCACCCUUGCCUUCCUCUCAGCAUGACUGGCUGUCCCUGGAUGGUGAGAAAUGCAAACAUAGCUUCCAGAGUGGUGGGUGGUCUUGGGGGCAGGAGGUCAGACUGUGCAGUGGGGGCUCCAAUCUCCUGAAGAUGGGGAAAGUGUCAGGCUUGAUCGCUGGCGAAUCCCUUCCUUGCAAACAGAGCUGUUGCCUUCGGUUUUGUCUUGUAAAAGAUACCUUAACUAGCCCAUCCACCAGCAGGUCUCAGCCCCUGUGACUCUGGAGCACUCCUGAGUGAUAAAUCUCAUUCCAAAGCAAGCCCAGAAUCUAAGAAUGAUGUAUAGAACCAGAAGUGACUGCAAGGGCAAUCACAAGUGUUUCUGGGGUGCUUCAGAACUCUGCAGCCCCAGAUGUGCUCUAUCAGUAACAGGGAUGCCACAAGUUCUAGGAUAGCUCAGUUGGCAGAACAUGAGACUGUUAAUCUCAGGGUUGUGGGUUCAAGCCCCACGUUGGGCAAAAGAUUCCUGCAUUGCAGAGUGGUUCCUUCAAACUCUACAAUUCCAUGAUUCCAAAAACAGUGCCUCCCCUAGGCAACCACAUCCACCAGCCUUCCAAAGCUUUGUGCCCUCCAGAUUACUGAUGCUGGCCUCCAACUCAGAGCGACCCCAAAAGCCAGCAUGACCAAUGGUUAAGGAUUGUGAGGAAGGCUGUAACCCAAACAUUUAGAAGGCACCAGCUUGGGGAAGGCUGUGCAAAUGAGCGGGAGGAUGGCAGGAGCUCUGCUCCUCCUUCUACCUGUUCCUUUGUGGAAAAAGCCAUGCUCUGCCAGAGGCUCGGUCUAUUAAUUUCCUUGGCGGUGGGGAAGCUGACCCAGAUUGUUCCCAGGCGACUCUUCAAAGAGUUCCACCUCCAGCUGACUCAGGCAACCUGGAUUUUCUGUAGCUUAAAGGGUGAAAUGGGGGAUAAUGAAAAUGCACUGCUCAGGUUUCCUGGGGGAACUGAGGCUCACCAAGCUAAAAGAUGUGAGUGGGAGAGAUGGAGGGUGCUACAGAGAUCCCUUUUCUCCUACAGGAGACGAUAGGGCACCAUUCUGAUUUCAUCUAAUCAAAUUUUAUUGGCUCCGUUUGCACAGGGGUGGUGGUGGGGUAGGAAAUGAUUACCAUUCAAAUGCAACAAGAAUCAAAGCCAUAAAAGUCUGCCAAACAGCAAGGCAGGUAAAAGACAGUCCAGGGAGCUUUCUUUUUGAACACUUCCAGAAAAUCCAGGAAACCCGACUUGCUAGCAGUGAGGAAUACCUGCCCAGGGAGGGAGACACCUGGGAGGAGGUGCAGCUCCUGCAAAGCAGCUCUGCUUUGGGGCUCUGAGCUGUCUGUGGGCUGCAUCACUCCAGACAUUUCAUGGGGGAGCCACAUGACAAAAUAUCCCUGUGUGCCAAAACAACAAACCCCCCAUGUGGAAAAUUGUUGGGGAGAGGAAGGGCUCUGAGCUCCUUCUGCAGACAUUUCUUCUUCAUGGGGAAGGAUCAGUUAAUCAGAGGAUCCCUCAGGUACAUUUAAUCUGAUGUACUAUACUCAGGUGUAGCUGCAAUGCCUUAGCAAGAGCUAGGCCACUAUCCUUGCAAGCGUGAGGGUUGCUCAAAGACACAAUGAGCAUUUGCAGAUGAUGCAAAACUGUGAGGGAGAGCUACUAUCACCGCAGACCUUGUGAGAACAGGAAACUGGGCCAAAACUAAUUUUUUUAAAAAAAUAACAGCAACAAAUGCAAAGUUCUAUAUUUAGAGAGAGGCACCCUGAAGUGUUGUUGCUGUUGUCAUUUGGGGGGGGGGGACCUGCCUUGGCAGCAUUACAUGCAAAAAUGAUCUCAGAAUUGUAAUCAGCUACAACCUGAACAUGAGCCAGCACUGUGAUAUGGCUGCAAAAAAAAGGCAAAUAAUUUUAGGCAACAUGAAUAGGAUCAUAGUUUCCAAGUCCUGGGAAGUAAUAGUUCUAAUUUAUUCGGCAGUAGUCCAACCUGGUCUGGAGGACUAUGUCCAGGUAUGAGUGCCACACUCUUAAGAAUGAUGUAGACAAGUUGUAUUAUAGACUGGGGCGGGACCUUGGAGACACGUGAUGCCUGGCUCAGUGCAGAAUCUGCAAUAGCAGCCUCCUUAGCAGCUGGUGACCGUUCCACCUCCAGCCAAGGAGAGCCCAUCGUCUCCUGAGGCAGCCUUCAAAAUGGGGAGCGUGUCACACCCUGAAAUGCAGGAAUGCCCAAAGCCAUUUCUCAGGCUUGGCUUGGCUGAGCUGGGCACCGGCAUGCAGGAGGGGGAGGCAGGGAAUAAUGGCUCUCGUGUGAUUUGGGGGUGGGAAGAGAGGAAAGUAUAGCUGAUCUAGGAAAAGGGGGAGGAUUGCCUUGCCGGCUCUGCUCCGUAUGCUGAAGGGGACCUGCCCAAGGGAAGGCCGUCCCAACGUCGAUCCCACCCCAGUUUAGCCAUGCGUCCUUGCCGCAGACCCUUUGCUUCACGGAUGCCCCAGCACAAGAGUUGGAGGAGGCUCCCGCCAAAGCCCACCCGCAGGGAUGGGGGGGAGUGGGGGAAGCAGGGAGGCCGAAUCCAGGGACGGCAGGAGCAACCCGAAGGCAAGCCGUGGGGAGGGGGCACUUUUCAGCCCGCGGAGGAGAAGGGAGGGGGACGGCGCAAGGCAUAGCGCCUUGCAGCUUGGAGGGCGACGGCCGACAGCCAGCCAGGGCCGGCGAAGGGGCGAGGCGGGCGGCUCAGCCCGGCGGGAGGGGGGCGGCGUUGCCGCGCGGAGGCGGCUCCAGCCGCGCUUUGUCAUAAUGCGGAGCGCCCCCUCCCCGGCGGCUGCAUUGCGGGCGCAGAGCGGCGGCAAGAGCGAGCGGGACUGGCCAGGUCGCUCGCUCUCCGGGGCGAGCGCAUCCUCCUUCUCCUCCUUCUCGUGCGCUCCGGCCGGGCAUGGCGGGGCCGCGACGGACGGCGCAGGCAAGGCAGGGCUGGGCUGGGCUCCGCGGGCGAGGUGGGCGGCGGCGGCGCGGGGCGUCCCGGGCCGGGCACCUGUUGCGCUGCCCCGACGGCUCCUCAUUGGCUCCGGCGCGCGUGUGGCGAGCGGGCGCUCCCCGGCGGCAGCGGGGGCUGAUGUCACUUUCCGCGCUGCGGAUUGGCCGCGCAGAGGCGGGGAAGGAAAAGGAGGGCUGCCCAAAGAGCCCGGCGGGCUGGCCGGCCGCUCGCUCGCUCGGGCUGCGUCCGAAGGGACCCACGGGCGGGCGGGCGAGCUGGCUGGCAGGUAAGUGCGCCUCGCUCCCGCCCUGCCCACUUUCUUUGCGCCACCGCGGGGCCCGCGCGGAAGGUGGGAGCGGACUCCAGGGGAGCGCCAGGCGCGGACGAGGAGCGGGGAAAGUUCCCAGCCGCACGUGGGGAAGGAACGCGCCCUCUUCUCCCCCGCCCCCCACGGAAGUUCCUCGCUAUCCCCUACUUCGGGAGGAGGCUCCCGAUCGCCCACCGCCAGCAGCGGCGGCGACCUCUCCCUCGGGGCUUCCGAAACGUAAGGAAACUUAUUUUGAAAUGCGGGGGACGGGGAGAGAAAGCGAUUGGAACAAGAAAGUGGUGAAGCCUGCCCCGCCCCCCGCCCCAAGGAAGUGCCAGGCCUCCUUGAACUGGUUGACCCUCGGGGCCGCUUUUUGGACAAUAGUGUGAUUAGUAUACAGCUAGCUGGCGGGUGGGUGAUUUUUGCUCCCCAAAAAUAGGCUACUCAGCACUAUUUGUGCUCCCCAAAAAUAGGCUACUCAGCCAGAAGAGGUGGGCUGUGGAACCACCUGCCUUGGUUUGCCACCCUGGAAGUGGAGUGAAAUCCCAAGAGAGGGAGUGCCCCCCCCCCCGUCGAAAUCUGACAGUGUCAGGGAUCUCAGUCCCUAGCUGGAUUCAUGGGAGAGCUGGUUUUCCUCCAGGCAGGUUCAUCACUUGAUGACCACAACCUAAGGUAGAGCACAUGGAUUCUCUCCCUUGCUCCAGAGGGCAAGCCCAGAGGCCAAGGGUGCAAAUGGGAAGGAGGAAUGCCCCUCAUGGUACAGGAUCUUCCACUGUGGAAGGAAGGCAGCCUCUGAGGUGAUGGGCUCUAUCUAUCCUGUUAGGGUGCUGUCAUGGGUGCUGUAGUUGCAGAUCUCUGCCUUGCACAAGGUUGGGCUAGAUGUCCUGCAGCUCUGUCAUUCUAUAAUUAUGCUGUACAGCAAAGUCCUUUUCCUCCAGGCUGCAGAUAUUAGGCCCUCAAACAUGUGGGUGAUGCCUGGAAGAAUCUGGGGUAGGGGAAUGGCCAACUAGGUUAUAUUUAUUUGCUUGUCAAAUUUCUGUCCCCCAGCACCACCAAGAUCCCAGGGAGGCAAACAACAAAGCAGGAAGACAGUGUAGUUAAAAAUAAAACAUUUAAAGCAAUUAAGGACAUCUGAAAACAACAGCUAAUAAUGUCAAGCUUGCUGGAAUCAGAAUUUCUCAGUUAUCAAAUAGAAAUGUGUUUAAACUCCUCCUAAAUGUUAGUUUUGAGAGAGACAGAGGCAUCUCACCAGGGAGGACCACAGAUGGGGAACCACCACCAAAGGGGCCCUGUCGCUAGUCAGUGCCAGUUGAACAACUACCAGAAGUGGCAGCACCAAUUGUAGGGCUUGGAAUGGUUGGUAUUUGAAGGGGGGAGUUACUUGGGUCCCAGCUGUUUAGGGCAGCACUUUCAGGACUGGUGAUGCUUGGCCCCUUGGGGCUGCUCUACCCACCAAUCCAGCAGCUGCAUUCUGCAUUUGAGUGUCAGUCUUCCAAGGGCAUUGGUACCCUAUAUAUAAUUGCUUCACUGUUCCCCCACCUGAGAGAGAAGCAGGGUCAAUGACUCAAAAGUAACAUGGCUGGCCGAACGGUUUCUACAUGAAAUCUGGGCAAGCAAGAUGCAUUGUGACAUUUCAAGGGCAGAAGCAUCCUGAGAGUGCAGAGUAGGGUCAGUGGUGGAUGUGGCUUGUGCAGAGACUCUUGGUGCCAGAUACACCAAGAGGGCUGCAUAAGUCCCCCAGGCCUGAGGUUCCUCACUGUUUCACUGGGGUGUUUGGAAGGAUGCAAGCUGGCCGUCCUCAGUGCCUUGGUAUCCAAAGAUAAACGCCUGCAACCUGGAGGGCCCAUUUAGCCUACAUGCCUGCUAGCUGUUGUUUGGUCUAUCCAUUGGAAGGUGCCAACAGGGCCAAAGACCCUGGGCAUGCAUUGCUUUCUUUUUGAGAAUGUUUAAAUACAGAAGCUGAUUCUGUUUUGGGUGGUUGAGAAAACCCAAGAAAGCACUCAGAAGCAGGACAGUGUGAUGCAGAAGAAGAAUUGCUAGCACAUUGAUUCCCCCAGAUUACUCCACACACAAACUUCUCAAGACUUGGGACCUUUUUGUCAGUGAUUUGCCUUUUGCUUUUGCUCCCCAUGUCAGGAAUGGGAGUAGCCCUCUGAUUCACACUCUUUCUCUUUGUUUCUCUCCUGUGUUGCCGCAGAGAACCAGUUCAGGAUGUCUAUCCUGGAGCGACUUGAGCAGAUGGAGCGGAGGAUGGCCGAAAUGACUGGGUCCCAGCAGCAGCAGCACAAGCAAGGCGUAGGUGGUGGUGGGGGCAACGGCAGCGGCAAUGGAGGUAGCCAAGCACAGGUACAUGCUGAGCCCCCUGGCUGUGUUCCUGGGUGCCCCACAGGAGUACUUUACAUUCAAGAGACUUUUGCAGUCUCUUCAGACUUUUGUGCCACUCUAGGGAGGCUUCCUCCUCCCUCUUGACUUUGAAGUGGCUGCUAAUGGUGCGAAACGAAAAACCACCAGUACCAUCUGGGAGGAGGGGAACAUUUAAGGUAGAGGCUUUGUGCUCCAUGAUGCUGGACCACCCACUGUAGGUUAGUGGUAGAGCCCCUCCUUUGCAUGCUGAAGGUUCCAGGCUCAACCUCCCAUGGUAUCUCCAAGGUGGGGCUGGAAAUGUCUCCUGCUUGAAACCCUGGAGAGUUGCUGCCAGUCAGUGUAGACAGUACUGAGCUAGAUGGACCAAUAGUCAGACUCAGCAAAAGGCAGCUUGCUAUUUAUCUUCUAUGUUCAGUGUUGAUAAUGAAGAUGAACAGUCCAUUUUGGGUACAAAAAUUGCCCCUUGAAGACAACAAGUAAGGAGAGAUAUGUGCUACUAUGUGGAAAUUAAAGAAGCUAAAAUGCUCAGAAAUGAGAGCCACUAAUAUUGUAGUUAGUGUAAUUGGUUGCUCAUUCUGAAGGGGGAAAAUAAUGCAUAGACAGUUUAAAAAAAACAAAACAGCAGCAGCAACAACCAGCGUAUCUUCCGCAUUAGCUCCUUGGGCCCUUCCCAGCUGUAUUCUUGGGGAAAGCUGUGAUGGUCCUUUCUCACAAGCUCAGACUUGCACUUCCUUGUGUUUUCCCAUGUUUGAGGGACAUGACCCAUUCAUAGCACAGAGCCAACAAGCCCCAGCUGUUUGAGGACAGACUCUUCCACCCUUCAAGCUGUCAUUUGUUCAUGGCAAAAUCCAUUAAGAAGCCUUAGACUCUCUGCCCACACUGCUUGGCUUGCUCUCCUGAGAGCUAGCCCCUGAGCCCAGUGCAUCUCUCCCUUGCAGUGCGUCUCGGGGGCAGCCACCUUGGGGAACUGCUUUGAGAGCCGUGUGGUGGUUGUGUGUGAGAAGAUGAUGAGCAGGGCCUGCUGGGCCAAAUCCAAGCACCUCAUCCACUCCAAGACCUUCCGGGGGAUGACCCUCCUGCACCUGGCAGCAGCCCAGGGCUAUGCGACCCUCAUCCAGACUCUCCUUAAAUGGCGGUAAGCACCUGGGGGGGUGCAGGGGCAGGUUCUGGGGAUGGGCACUUGGCUAUGCUGCUUACAUAGGAGGAGGCAGCUCCUGGGGUUCAGGGCUGUCCUGGGGACUUGGUAGGAACCCCUUAAGGGCUAUUGAAGCCCUCAAGUGACUAGUUGACUACCCCUUGUGCAAAUGAUUCCUCCCAUUGCUGUGGUAGCUAUAUCUUCACAGUACAUGAGUGCAAUCUAUUAUUGGGUCCAAAUAAGCAAAAAAAGAAACUCUUAAAUCCCUGAGCACUCUGGGUGUGUGGCCUUUGCCACUUGGGGAAGCUUGAUUGAAAGUCACAGUGUGGGAAUCUGUCUAGAAUUGAACUAUUUUGGAUGAAGAUUGGGCAGCUAUGGGAGAAAAAAUCCUUGUAAAACAAAUUCAGCAAGACUAAAAUAAAUUUCUUUGAAAAUAAUACAAAAAUGGCAUUUAAUGCCUUAAAAAAAGCACCAAAAUCCUACUCAGCUGCUUGCUGCAGGGGAUGUCAGGUUCAUGGUUCCUUCACACACAUGUGGUGGUAAAGUGCCAAAGUUGCCCAGUUCUGGGAUGAAAUAUUUGUAGAAGUAACAAAAAUACUGAGAAAACCUGUAAAGAAGAAGAGGGAAAAAACCACUAGAAAUAGCAUUGUUAGGUGUAUUCAGCAGAGACGAACUAAGGCUUAGUUAAAUGGCAGCAAGAACAUUGCUAGCCAGAAAUUGGAAAGAAACAAAGUGUUUAAAUGUAUUAAAAUGGUACAGUGUAAUCUGGGAAAUGGCACUUUCUGUAAAAAAAACACAUUUUUCUUUAGAUUGACAUCAGCAACUUUCAGACUCUCUCCACUCCAGUGCUUAUACAAACUUUACUGUUAUUAUUUAUAAUAAAUACUGUUAUUAUUUAUAGUUUAUAUGUCUUUAAGUGGGGUAAAAGGGGGGGUGCUAUGGAGGAUGUUUAGUUUGUAAUUUCCCCCUCUUCAAUAUGUAAUUCAAAUGUACAAUUAAUUUUUUUGCAAGUAACUUAAUAAAAAAAAGCACCACAGUCGAGCUGCCGCCCACAUUUUCUUUGGGGCAAAGAUUCCCCCCCUCCCCUGAGUAAGCAGCCCCAAAUGACUAGUCUCCUUUUUGGGCCCCCAGUACCAAGCAUGCUGACAGCAUCGACCUAGAGCUGGAAGUGGACCCCUUGAACGUGGAUCAUUUCUCCUGCACGCCGCUGGUAAGUAGCUAUGCCCUGCCCACGAGGUGCUCAAAGUCGCUUUUCUUUGCAGCUUGUGGUAACCAGGGAGAGGGUGGCAUGAGUUUCCCACUGGGAUCAUUGCACAAGUUUUGCAUCCUUAACAUGCCACUCCCUUUCCCUGAGCAUAUGUGAUGGAGUAGGCUUGCCAGCUGUGUCCAACUCCAAGAGACUUGAAUGUGAAACAAUGGAGCUGUCAUAUCCUGGGGUGCACACACCAAGACUUAACAAGCCUACAAACAGAUAGUUCUUUGAGUGGGUCCUGUAGUCUGCCACAGUCCCCUCUCCUUUUCUUCCUUGCCCACCCAACUUCUUUUUUCUUCCAGAUGUGGGCAUGCGCGCUGGGCCACAUGGAUGCAGCUGUGGUCCUUUACAAGUGGGACCGCCGCGCUAUCUCUAUCCCCGACUCCCUCGGGAGGCUCCCCUUGGCUAUUGCUCGUUCUCGGGGCCACGUGAAGCUGGCUGAGUGCCUCGAGCACCUGCAGCGGGAGGAGCAAGCCCAACUCAGGCAAACCCCCCGGAUCCCCUGUCCUUCGCAUGAGGAACCCAGCAGUGAGAACUGGAUCGCCCAGUGGCACAGUGAGAUGGUGGCCUCUCAGGAGCCCCAGAAGGGAGUCACCGUGAUUUCCAAUUCCAAUACAGGUACGAUGUUGUUGUUGUUUUUGUUUGAAAGGCCUCCAUCACAUUCCUUGGAGAAAAGGUUUGGCCCAUUCUCCUCCUCCUUCAUUUGUUUCCCAGAAACUUAGGACGAUCACACCGUGGUUAACUUUGGACGUCAGUAUCCUGGCUCAAUAAGCUGAGCUACACACAAACCUUCUACCUGCUGGCUCCAUCCACUUCUUUCUUCUGCUCUUGCUGCACACCAUGAAGACUUCCUGCGUUAACCAUUGUUUCCUUUUCUGUCCAAACCAGGAAAUGCUGGUUACCAGGGUGGGGGCACACCAGGUUUUGAGACAAACUUCUACUGUGGUUUCAGAACCUGGUUUGUGCCAGCCCUGGCAACCAUGGUUUCCUGGUUUAUAUGGAAUGGGAAGCUAUGGUUACUUUACACCUGACAUCUGGUACUGAGGAGGGAAGGGGCAGUGCAACAGCAGAACACAGGCACUAUGUACCCCAGCUUAACAAGUUCUGUUCAUCCAGUGCAGGUGAUUGAGUCCUCUUGGUUUAUCACAACUAGACCCUUGCCUUCCUGUUAUCAUCUAGAAACAGACUCAGGGUGAGGCCAGUUUAGAGACCAGUUUUGCCCCCUCUCAACAGUGUCCACCAAAUGUGCCCUUUUACGCAGGGAUGCUAUUCACAUAUGUGGGGAAAUUAAGGUGCCUGCCCCCUCUGUCAUAAGGAGGGGGCCUGCGUGCAUCUCCAUACAGAGCUGAUGCAGAGGUGCUCUGCUGUUCCCCACCUUGGGCACUUGCUUGCCAGGCCUCCAGAACCUCAUGGUCCCUUUGGCAGACUGAACGCAGGGCACAUUUCAUGGGAGCAGCACAUGCACAUGCACACUCGCAUGGCUGAAUCCUCACUUGUCUUCUGUUUGGUUCCAGAGCUGAGGCGGCCCCGGUCCGAGCCCUCCAGUUACUACAGCAGCGAGAGCCAGAAGGAGUACCCCGCGCCCAAAAAACACAAACUGAACCCCGACUACUUCUCUGCUCGGCAGGAGAAGCUUCUUUCCACCGCCCUGAGCCUGGAGCAGCCGAGUGCCCGGAAGCCAAGCUCCAGUGCUAAGCAAUCCCUCCCAGAGACAAUCAGCCCCAGGCAUGGGGUGCGGGACUAUGCGCGGGAGCUUGUCUCCGAAGUGGCUGGCUACCACGGCUCCGGCACACAGGCAGGGGCCAAGUGGAGCCCAAAGGAGGCGUAUAUUGGCGUGCCUGCGAUGCAGGUGGCAGGCAGCCCCAAGGGGCUGGCGCUGGGGAAGGACUCAGGGGCCCAGCGGCUCCAUCCGCGGGAGCAGAUGAGCGUGCUGAUGAUGGCGGAGCGGGAGGUGGCUGACGCAGAGCUCCUCUCCUUCCGGGACGGCACAGAAAGUGAGGACUGCUUGCAUCACAUGGAUGACCUGCAGGUGAGCCUUCAUAAAACACAUACCAGGAGAGUGAACCGUCCGGUAUCAAAAGCACUUCAAACAAAACAAUCAUUAAAAUGACUAGCUAUGCAAGAGGUAGUUUAAACAUUAAAAAAAAAACUUCAUGAAAAAGCUGGAAGUGAGAAUGCCAUUGCCAAAUCUCUGCUGGAAGAGUGUUCCACAGCAUGGAACCUGUUGCACUUAAACUCCCAAUUUUUGGUUGAGGCCCAUUGGGCUUCUGUAACAUGGGGGAGCAACUAGCAGUGCUCACCUGGAUAAUCUCAGUGAUCAGGCUGGGAUAUAUGAAGGUUCAGACAGUCCUUAAGGUACCCUGGGCUUAAGCUACUCAGGGUGUUGUAUAUCAGCAGAAGAACCUUGAACCUGGCCUGGAAUAUAAACAUCUGAAAUAAAUAAGGAUGGGAGGAAAUAAUGGGUGUCUAUUAGCAUGUAUGUGAGUGUAAAGAAGGGCAAGGGGUCUGCCCACUGCAUGUGGCCCUCAGUAGAGCAAAAAAGGCCAAGGUGGGUCAGAUGAUAUUCCCUGACCAUUUAAAAGAUUCUAUGUCAGCCCUCCUUGCUAUUCUGAGGGACUGGGAGGCUCUGCUUUUACUGCUGACUACAAGCCCUAUCAGGGAACCCAAUUCCCUCAGCCUUGCUGGUACAAUAAACAAAGGUUUAGGUAGCUGUGCUGCUUUCAUUUCCCACUGCUACCAACACGCUCAGAACUGCUUUCCAAACCUCCUAGUAGCUGAUAUAGCCAGCUUAGGGGUGAGGUGGACAUUUACACUAGAGACAGGAUGAACUCCUGACCAAGAUGGCUGGCUUCUUAAGGGGAAUGCUGUGUGCAUAAGGGAAACAUGGAUAUUUGCAAAGGGGUCUUAAAGAUGUUUGUUGACACUUUCUGAAGGCUCACGAAGUGCUGCUGUUGCUGACCCCAGCCUCUUUCACCUCAACCCAAAUUCCCUAAACAUCCACCAUAGACAAGUUUGCCCACCACCCACCCCAGCUCCUGGGGGCAAACUGUACUCCUGGCUGUUUGGACUGUUUGGUCAACUUCAAAAACCUGCUUGUGGGAAGACACAGGGCAGCCUCUCAAGCUAACUCCCUUCCCUUCAUUGUCAUCAAAUGAGUAUUAAUAACACACUGAGCAAUAGUAUUUAUGCCUCAGCUUUCUUUCUCUGGUCUUUUCUUCACACACCUUAUUGACUCCCCUUUUCCCUCAACUGUCAAACUUCGACGGGCUCUUUCUUAAGACCCAACCUGCAUGAUACAUUUAAAGCAAAAAGAUGUGACUUUAAACAGGCAUGGCUUCUUCCCCCAAAGAAUCCCAAGAACUGUUAAGUUUGAUAAAAGUGCAGAGAGUUAUUAGGACACCCCUUUCCCCUUCUUUCACAGAGAUUCAAUUCCCAGAGUUUUCCUGGGAAGAGGGAUUGACUCUUAAACCAAUCUGGGAAUUAUAGCCCUGUGAGGGGAAUAGGUCUUCUGACAACUCUCUGCAGCCUUCACAAGCUGCAGUUUCCCAUGAUGCUUUGAGUGAAGCCAUGACAGUUUAAAAUGGUUUAAAUGUAGAGGGCAAAUGGGGCCCAACUGACAUUUAACUCCCAACUGACGAGAAUCUCCAGCCAAUCAGAGUCUGCUGUCAGCCACACAGACCAAUCAGAAUGAAUUUAUCUGAACCAAGCAUAAUAAGAUUCUCUUGUCAUCACCAGCUACUGCUAAAUAGACUUGCAGCAUCGUGUAAUGGGACAAGGCCUCGACCUUUGCCAAUUGCAGAAUACUUUUUACCUUCAAAACCCAAGCACAAGCAUUUUAUGUACAGUGUUCCUCCUUGGUCUGACAGGAGCAGGUUCUGAGACCUGACAGGAAGGGAGGUGGUGGGAAGUGCUGUUCUCGCCUUACCUCCACCCACAUGCCCCUGAAAAGCUUUCCUUCUCACUUCACAGGUGACCAUGAUGACUCUGGCAGAGCACAUCAUCGAAGCGACCCCAGAGAGGAUCAAGCGGGAAAACUUUGUGCCGAUGGAGGCGCCACCAGCCGAGAGGACGGAGAGCGCCACCAUUAGCACUUCAAUGAGCUGGCUGGCCAGUUACCUCGCGGAUGUCGACCAUUUACCAAGUGCUGCUCAAAUAAGGUCUGUGGCCUUGUAUUACCAGGACUGGUCAAGCUUGUGAUGCCCGCUGGCCCAUAUUGACUUUUCUGGCCCUCACCUUGCAAAAUUGAAAACCCACCAGGGAGGAGGGGGGCUCCUUGUUGCUGCUGGUGCUGCCAUAUUGGGGGGGGGGGGGAAUCUCCUAGCCAGUGCCCAGCUGUUAGAUGCUUUAGUUCAUUUCUGAAUUUUGGGUUACAGCAGCUAAAAUUAAUCCACUUUGUUUUUCUGAGUCAAGCCAGUAAAGGUUCAGAACAUCCCUGAAACAGGUUCCAUUCAGGUUCGCUGGGUGUGGAGCAAGUUAACUAGUUACAACAAAGUUUCAACCCUUAACCCUCAAGUACUGUGAAAUAAACAUCACUGGAAUGCUAAAUAGUAAGCUUGCAGCUUACUGCACCAAGACUUAGCCCCUGCCUCAGAGAGGGUGAAGUGUAGUUUAACGGUGCUGGGAAUCAUAACUGUGUAAGGAGGUAAACUACAGCCCGAUGAUUCUUUGGGGAAACCAUGUGCUUUCACUGUAUGGUUCAGAUGUGACCAACUCACUUGUCUCUCCCCACCCUUAAUCUGAACCAAAUCCUGGAUUUGUUCUUUUUCUCCAGCCAGCCAGCAUGUCUUGGUGUUUGUGUAGCUAUGACCGUCUUCCCUCUGUGCCUCUUUUUGCAGAAGCCUGUACAUUGGACCCCUGACCCCUUCUUCCAACACCAGCCUGAGCCCUGCAAGCUCACCAGUCAAUGAAAUGGCUUUUGAGAAGCCCAGCCUCCCUUCGGCAACAGACUGGACAGAAUUCCUAAGCGCCUCCACCAGCGAGAAAGUCGAAAACGAGUUUGCGCAGCUGACCCUCUCCGAUCACGAGCAGAGAGAGCUCUAUGAGGCUGCCAAGCUGGUCCAGACGGUCUUCAGGAAAUACAAGGUGAAGGGCAGAAGUCGCUGUUGGUAGGGGUGGGUGCAGGGAAAUGGCAUCAGGGGUGCAUGGAAGCCUCCAAAUCUCCCUUUGGAAUCAGUGGCACUCCGAUGCCAGCUGACAGAAAGAAGUUACUUUAGAGCACAGUGGCAAGUGAAGUGGAAGCCCAGGGCUGGUGUUUGGCACAUGAUUGUCCAAUCUGCCCCUGCAUGUGUUAAAGGGGGCAGCAACAAAAAUGGCCCAGGAAGGUUCAAGGGAGGUGCCCUCCUCCCCUGCUGAUGCUGCAAAUCAGGGCCUUGCAGAGGCAGGCAGAGGCCCGGGCCAGGUAGAUAAUGUGCCCCCCCUUUUUUUUUUACCCUGGGGAUAACUGAAGUCUUAUAAAUAAGUAAGUAUAUAAAUAAUUUUCACAAAAGUUAUGCUGACAAAUAAUUUUAUUUCAAGGCUUGAACCGUAUCUGCAUAUAAAGACAAAAUGGAAAAUAUGGAUAUACAAUAGUGUUUUUUAAAAAUACAUAGGGAAUGUAUGCUGACCAAGGCCCUCUUUGGAAUCAGAGGCCCGGGCCAAGUGGCCCAUAUGGCCCCCCCUCUGUCUGGGCCUGCUGCAAAUACAUUGUUCAGUUUGCUCUAUGUUCUCCUAUAGUGUUUGUUUCCCCACUACAAAACAUGAGCUGUCACUGGCAGGAGCAGGAAAAUGCACUUCAUGGUUGUGUCAGGUGGUGCUCCAGAGGCUUCUGCAUUGGGCAGCCUGAUGUUCUUUACCACACUUCUUUCCAUGCUUUGAGUUCCAGUUCUCACAGGGUGCUUCUCUGAGGUAUUCAGAGAAUAAUCUACAGCCUUGACACCGUUGCACUUAUAUGCUGUGGCACUCAGGUCCUGCUUGCAGUCCCAUUACCUCUACCAUUUGUCCCCUUCCCCUGCAGGGACGCCCCCUCCGGGAGCAACAGGAAGUGGCCGCUGCUGUCAUUCAGCGUUGUUACCGGAAAUACAAACAGGUGAGCUGCAGAUGGCUUUAUAUUGGUACCACCAGGCAAGUGUGAGAAGCUACCCUGGACUGCUUUGUUUCUUAUAACUCAGCAGAGAGCUACUUCAGAAGUUUCAAAGAUGGAGUGUACCCAAGUUUCAGCCUCCACAAGUUAGGGAGCCUGGGUUACUCCUGCUUCCUUUGCCUCAUACCUCUUGUGAAAAAAUUAAGCAUCCCAAAGAGAGAGGCCCUCUGAUCCAACAGCUCAUUGCAUGGUCAAACAGUUUCAGCACCAUUUCAGACCACAGGUUGGGGUGGGAAUCAAUAGCAUGACACCUUUAAAAAAAGCUUGUUAGACCUCAGUCCUGUUCAUCCUUUCUUCUCCACCUGAAGCCUCAGAGUAAUCCCCCAGAUCAAUGUGUUGAGUCGAACUUCUGUAAAUAUGUGCAUGGAAGCUUAACUUGCAUUUUUUCUGUAUUUGAGUAAAUGUACAGAUUCAAGGUGGUGGCAAGGUAUGGGAGCUAAUGGGCCAGAUAGGUUGUGAGGGAGGCCAGGGCCCUCUUUAUGUGGAAAGGAAUGUAUAAGAAGGACUUUAGGAAAUCAGCUAUCAGGGGGAAAUAUUCUGUCCUAGCCAUCUGUCUGACAUGCUAGUCCCCAACCCCAUUCAGUUCAGCAAUCUUCACCCCACCUUGCCAUCUGAACAGCCCAGGAAUAGUUUCGAACACAUGUUGAUGGCCUUUUUUGCCUUGAAGCCCUGAGAUUCUGCUAGUUUUUUAGGUGUUGCAUACAUCAAGUAUGUAGCUGUAUUUACUGUAGCUGCCAGCAACCUGCUUUUGUUUCCAAACUGCCAUGCUUCAUGCUGUGGUGUCAUAAUGUAGAGCAGCAGAGGUUAUGAGGAGGACUCUAAAGAUAUCUGCUCAGUUUGCACAGCACUUUGGAUCCCAGCCAUUGUCAACCACUGGUUUUGCUUGAGAUUCACCACAGAGAGAGGGUGAGAGCUGGUUUAUUUCCAUGUUAUGUUGCUGCAGCUGUCCCCAAUAGCCAAUAAAGUUGGGGUAUUGCUGUGGUGUUUAACUUUCAAGGCAGGAGAGAGAGAGAAUCUCUAAAAACAAAAGCUGAGGAAUGGCUUCCUUCAGAGGCUUGGCAGUGGCUGAGUUCUCAACCACCAAUGGCAGAGCUUUUUCUGAGGAAAUUGGUAAAGCUCAACUCUGCAGGCUCCCAAGCAAAGAGCCCUUUCCCAGCCAUCUUACAUUCACCCCACAGCAGGACUCCCCAUGGAAUUGCUGCUGCAGCAGCAACAACUGCACACCCUCCUCCCUCCCUGUUGUGGGUGAACCUGAAUGUGGCUGUUGGCCCCCAGCAGCACCCAUUUGCUUUGAGAGAAUCUCUUCUGGAGGCACCCAGGUCUCCUAAGGAGGCAGAGCCCCUCACUCUGUGCUGAUGAUGACUGACAUGGCAGGCCGUUGAACGUUAAUCUUGUAUUUUCUGUUUCUCCCCCUCCCAAGCUUACUUGGAUAGCCUUGAAGGUAAUGACUGAAAAUGCCCAGCAUUUGGGCUCAUGAGCUUUUCACUUUCAUUGCAAGCCAAGGAGAGGGUCUGUCCAUUUUGCUAGAGCACACGUGGGUUGCAUCCUGCUGUGGAGCGUGCAUGCCAACAGUCCUGCUUUGUUAUGAAUGGCAACCUGUCCCUUAUGAAAGGGGCACAUUUUUAGGGCCUUGCCUGGCAUCACAGAAUUUGCUGGGGAGGGAGUUAGACUUGGGGUGCAUGCCAAAGGGAGAGACCGCAAAUCACUGCAAAGCAAGGAAGGACUUCUACAAGUAGCUAAAUAGGUUAAAUUUAAAGUUGUUAAAAUCAUGAAGUCUAAUUUAAUUUCCUUAGCUUUUUCGUUUGUAUGUUUUUGCACUCAAUGGCCAAAGCUCUGGAUGGCAGGGAAAGAAACUGGCUCAGAAACAGCCUGCCCAUUUUCCUUUAAGUUUAUAUAAUUGAAGUGGGCUAGGUGCUUUUAAAUUUAAAAAUGAAAGCUGAAAAUUCAGGGAAGUCGUCUGGUCCCUGGAAGCCCACCUCCAGUUUGGCACACUGGCCUUCCAUUCCUACCAUUUCACAGGCACACAGAAUUUGCCAAGGAUGGGCCAGAAUGGGGGCCUGAGUCCUCUCCUAUCCCCUCUUUCCCAGCACCUUCUUCCUUCACCUACAAGUGUGGUGACCCCCUAAACUGCUCCCCAUACGGAGAACGUACCAGUUUGCUUCCUUGAUUAGGAGAAUUGAGAGAGAACAUCAUCUGGCAGCAGUGCAGAUUUGGCAAUUUGCGGGGAGAGGUUCAAGCACAAUUUGGCGGUGGGUUAGGGUAGAGCAGCGGGGAGAGAUUCCUCAGUCACAAACACCAACAGUUCUGUACACUUUGCUGGUUUAGAGGCACUCCACCCCCAAGAGGUAGCUUAUGCGGCCAGGAAACUAGGAGUGGCAGCUUCAUCUUGUCCAGUUUCUCCAUUCAGUGAUCCAUGUGUCGGACAGUAGGGGCUAGAUCAACCAUUGGCCCAGUCUAGCAUGGUGGCAAGCCUUGUGUGUCAAGUAGGCACAGAGCCCACUUUUUCUGUGUGGCGCUGGUUUACACAUAAUACUAAGCCAAGGCUCAUGGCUUGUUCAGUGGGCUCUGUGCUUGUUCCUCUUGGCUCCAGGCAGAUUGGAAACCCUAAUUGUACAAUGCCAAGGGAAGACAGGCGUCAGCUCUCCUGUGCAUCAGCUGUUGGGUAAGAGAAUGAAAGCCUGCUGGAUCAGCUGCUCAGGGCUUGCAGACCACUUUGUGCACGGGUUCUCCGGUGCAAGUGGGAUAACCCUUAUGACAUCAUUUGAUUGGCAUCACCUACCUGUCAGAGUUGGUCCAUGGGGGCCUGGCCCACAGAGCUGGAAAUGUUGUCCACCUUGCAUUGGAUGCUGCCCAUUCAUGUUAAACAUGACCAACCGCAUAGCAUGUUUGAACCACCCCACUAUUAGGUUGAAAAUUGGUGAAGUAUUUGGCCUAGUGUGCAGGUUUGUGUGCUUUCUCUGUCUCUUACACGUGCACAAUAAAUGGAAACCGCGUCUUAGAGAAGAUUAGAUUUUUUAAAAAAAACAUUUCCCCCCCAUACUCUGAGGAGUAAUUGAAAUAUUUUUGUCAUUGUCCAUAGAAAGCACUCUUAAUUGGGAAACGUUAAUAUUUGCUAAAAGUCCCAGUCCAGUCAGCUUCCAGUUUGUGGAACAUACAUGUGCACCAUCCAGAGAUGACUAACAGGUGUGGAAGGCCUGCCACAGAUGAUCCACCUUGCGUUGAGAUACAUUCUGCAUUUUCAGGGCAGAGCCUUUUUUGCAUAUUCAGCUGCCCAUCCUCAAGGGAUUGAGCUGCUUUGUGUGGAGAACUAGUGGAGGGGACGGGGGUUAAGGGUAACAAGGAAUGGAAUUUAUAGAUGCAAUCUUUCCCCCUAUUAUGUGCCUUGCUUAGUAAAAGCAGGAGGGUACUUUUUCUGUUAUUGCAGUGAAAGUCUUCUGUGCCCAUCUCUGGAUUUUCCCCUGAGUGACUGUUAUUUUUGCCCUUGGGAGCGCUUCAGCCUCUCUCUCUCUCUCUCUCUCUUUCUCUCUCUUCCCCUUGUAGUAUGCACUUUAUAAAAAGAUGAUACAAGCUGCCAUCCUCAUCCAGAGCAAAUUCCGAAGCUACUACGAACAGAAGAAAUUCCAGCAGAGCCGGAGAGCUGCUGUCCUAAUCCAGCAGUUCUACCGCAGCUACAAGGAAUGUGGGAAGAGGAGACAAAGUCGCAGGACGGCUGCUCUCGUGCAGCAGAAGCUCAGGUGAGGUGGGCAUGCUGGAGAAGCUAGACAGGGCAAGGGCUAGUCCUCACUGAUCUUGGGCAGUCCUCCACCCACAUUGACUUGCCAGCCAAUACCAGGCAGAGUGGCUGGCUGGAUGGAAGGGGGUGUAAGGCAGAGAUUGAUGCUUAUGCACUUGAGUAAAAGAAUAAAUUAUGCACUAAGGAAACCUAGAUUCUGCCCUCCCCCCCGAUGAAUCAAGCAAAUGCAUAGGAACAAACAUUAUUGCUCUCAGAAGCCACGAUUCUGCAUCUGUUACCGAAGAGUGCCUGCCAGCUCACAAUUGGAAGGGCUAAGAAAGGCAAGGGGCACUGAUGGGCAAAGGGACAAAAGGGCAGCUCAGAUAGGUGGGGGCUUUCUAAUGCAAGGAGGCUGCAAGAUCGGUAAGUACAACAGGAGGGUGGCAUUCAGUCAUGAAGGACAGAAUGACUCAAUAUGCAUCAAAGCAGGUGGCUGAAUAAUUCUAGCCAAAGGCCUUGUAGGAAGAAGACCCAUGUUCAUAAAGUGUUUUGGUUUUUUAUAGUUCUUUCUAAAAAUAAAUAUAUUAAAAUUUUCUCUAAUACAGUAAAAUUACAACUACAAAAGAUACAAACUGAAUAAGUAAAAUAUAGAGCCCUCACUUAAAAUUAAUUGUUAGCCUUACCACCCACAGAGGACAGCAGCUCCUCCCAGCUCUCACCUGGGAUCUUUCCUUUCUCCUCCCAGCUUCUCACCCUGAGAGACUGACCUUUCACUCUCUCUCACCCAGGGUCCUCCACUGACCAUUGACCACCCCAUCAGUAUACAGUCUUUGGACCUUAAUAAAGGCUCCAAACAUACGACUCCAGAAAAGGAGGAAAAACAAAGAAUAAAAACACACACAAAAAGGGACAAUAAAAAAGAAAGAAGAGAGAGAGAGAGAAAGUAAAACAGACAAAAUAAAAAGAAACAUUAGUAAAAAAAAUACAUGGAGUGUUUUGUCAGACAGCCUCCCUUAUUAUGAGUAAAAGUGCUAAAGUUUUUACAGACAUCAGUUUGGACAGUCUCCCUCGUAGGAGCAUUAAACUGCUCUAUAUACCACAGGCAGGCAGUUGGUCCAUAUAGCUCAGUACUGUUUGCACUGACUGGCAGAGUCUCUUCAAGGUUCCAGAAAGGGGAACAGAGUCUUUCCCAGCCAAACUGGAAAUGUCUGGGAUUGAACUUGAGAUCUUCAGCAUUGAAAGCAGAUGCUCUACUACCACUUACUUAGAUGGCCUUUUCCCCUCCCCACUUCCUCCUUGGUGUCUCCUGGACCCUGAUGUUCUCCUCCUUCCUUCCUUCCUUCCUUCCUUGCAGAAGCAGCUUGCUCACCAAGAAGCAGGACCAAGCUGCUCGCAAGAUCAUGCGUUUUUUACGACGCUGCCGCCACAGGUGAGACAUCACCAGCAUUCAGUUUCUAGGUGUGCCCUCACCAAGAUUCCUAGUUGGGGGCUACAGACCAAGGAUUGGAAGGUAGUGGGGACAAUCACAUGGGUGGCUGCAAAUGGUUGUGGCAAGAAACAAAGUUCAGGUGCUCCCCAGAGAAUUGGAGCCUGGUUGGAUCAUGAGUGUUGGUUUGUCCAUGGAUGUUGUCCAUGGGAAGCUGACUUGGGCCUCUGAGGGCAAAGGCAGGCACAACACUCUUGGCUGCAGCCACGUGAACCUUUGCCUACAGUGUAAAUCUGGGUAAAUCAACUCACUGUUGAGUGCUAGAUCUGCUCUUGGUUUGGACCCUCUUACAUGCUUCAGGGAGCUGCCUGCCUUUAAACAUAUACAGAUGUAUACUGUAUGUUUGUAUUAGUGGUUCCCUAUACCUUAAAGAAAUAUUAAUGAUCAUUUCAAAAAUCAGAUACUAAACUGCCCUGGCAGUUUAUUGUGUGGUUGAUGCUUUGAUGAUGUGGGCAUGGUCAAUAGGAACCCAGCACCUUUCCUGACAGGCUCAAUGUCUGCAGAAAUGGUUUUUUAGGUUCAAAAAAGCCCCCUGUGUUUCCCUCCCAGGACAGUAUAAGUCUGUGGUAUCCCCAGGUAAGGCAAUAGGACAUGCUUCUGUGGGAUCCAUCCCAAGAGGACUGUCAGUCCAAGCAGUGGGGUGUAGAGGGGGUGCUCCUGUUGCUUCAGGAUGAAGAAAGGCCACAUGAAAUUUCAGAGUUUGGCACAUGAGGAGGGGAAGGCAAGAGGAAAGUGACUGGGUGGAUGUGCUAAGAAGGAACAGAAGGGGAACUAAGAGCUUUUCUGCAUAUGACCCAGGAUAAAGUAUGUCAUUUCAGAUUUAGGACUAGUUGGGUGAUGCUGGAAACUGCAGAGUGCAAAUGAGUGCAACCAACAAAGAUUGUGGGGUUUGAAUGGGCAGCCAAGCUUCAGGUAGAAUUGCUGCUAGGCUGGAAUUGUGCACGUCACCUGCAGUUUGGGCUGGGGUGGUGGGAAGUCACUUAAGUGCAGAAGCUGUCUUAGGUUGACAAGCCUUUGUAUGAUGCCUUCAUGGCUCCCAGCAACAGUUCAAAGCUGCUCAAGGCAAUGAGUCUGCAACCCUAUACCCACUUACUUAGAAGUAAGCUCCACUGAACUCAGUGGGGCUGGAUCUGUAGAAUCAUAUUGUUACCAGCUCCUUCUAGCUGAAACGGGGCCUUCUUAGUCUUCAAGUAAGGCAUAUUCUAUGAUUUUUUUCUUUUCUUGUGCACAGAGAGAGCAACAGGUUUUGUGGUACAUAAAAGCACUUUUCAGUCUCAGACCAAGAUGCUUUAAUGGUUAUAGCAACUAAUGAGUGUGCACAUUUUUCAGGAAAUACAACUGAGGAAAUGAGUUUUAAAACUAUUGAGUUGUGCCCUGCUCAUAAUAGACCCAUUGAAAUUAAUUGCCAUGGCUCAAUUUGUUACCUUAAUUUCAAUGAGUGUACUCCGAAUUGGACUAGCAUUAGAUACAACCCAUUAUUGAAAUCAGUAAUGCAGGCCUCUUCAACCCCCAUAAAUUUGCCUGAUCCCCUCUUAAAGCCACUGAAGCCACAUUUGGUAGAAUCAGAUUCCACAAGUUAACUACAUGCUGUGUCAAAAGUAAUUUCUUUUUCUGUCCUGAAUCUACUGCCCACCAAGUUCAGAGUGACCCCAAAUUAUACUGUUGUGAGAGAAGGAGAAGGAAGGAAAAACCCCUGACUAAUUUCACCCCAUCUCAUCCCUACCUACUUCUUACUCUUCUGUUAUCUAAACUAAGAAGCCCCCAAACAGUACAGCCUUUGGGAUAUUCCAACUAAGCUCUUUUUAGAGUAAAGGUAAGGGUAAAGGUACACCUGACCAUUAGGUCCAGUCGCGGACGACUCUGGGGUUGCGGCGCUCAUCUCGCUCUAUAGGCCGAGGGAGCCGGCAUUUGUCCGCAGACAGCUUCCGGGUCAUGUGGCCAGCAUGACUAAGCCGCUUUUGGCGAACCAGAGCAGCACACGGAAACGGCGUUUACCUUCCCGCCAGAGCGGUACCUAUUUAUCUACUUGCACUUUGACGUGCUUUUGAACUGCUAGGUUGGCAGGAGCUGGGACCAAACAACGGGAGCUCACCCCAUCGCGGGGAUUCAAACCACCAACCUUCUGAUCGGCAAGUCCUAGGCUCUGUGGUUUAGACCACAGCAUCACCCACGUCCCCUUUUUAGAGUAAGCUCAUGUAAAUUAAUGAACCUUAGUUAGUCAUGCCCAUGAACUUAAGUGGGUCUACUCUGAAUAGGACAGAGAGUUCUGGAGAAUUCAAAGGUUUGCUUGGUCCAUUCUUAUUAGUCCUAACAAAAAGACCCCAAUAUUAUCUUGAUGUAAUAACCAUCUCUUGUAACAGUAGAAUUCGUGGACAUCCAAUGAAGCUGGAUGUUAGAGGAUCCAGGACAGACAAACAAAAGUACUCCUUCAAACAGUGUAUAAUUAAACUAUGGAAUUUGUUCCCAUGGGAGGCAUUGAGGGCCACAAAUUUGGAUGGCUUAAAAAGAGGAUUGGACAAAUUCAUGGAAGAUAAGGCUAUCAGUGGCUAUUAGCCAGUAUGGUUAUGCUCCGCCUCCCCAAUUGGAGACAGUAAUACUUCUGAAUACAAGUCACUAGAAAACUGCAAGAGGGGAGACUGCUUUUAAGUCCUGCUUGUAGACUUCCCAUAACCAUCCAGUUGGCCACUGUGAGAAUAGGAUGCUGGACUAGAUGGGCCACUGGCCUGAUCCAGCAGACCCUUCUCAUCUGAUGUCUUUUGUUGUUUAACUGGAUACUAAUUCACUUGUAUUGCCAUCUCUGCUCCAUUUACUCAAAGAACCUUUGUUUGACAGACUUUGUUAAAAGAUUUUGGAGCUCCAAAUAUAUACUACCUUCAAAAUAACCACUGCCCAUGUAUUAGUUGGAAACAUUCUGGUUUACAGGAGUUGCUCCCACAAUGACCUCUGUGUUUGUUUGUGUAUUUUGUACCAUUCUUCCUACCAUAUGUGAGGGCGAGAUGCAAACCUUCCCCCACCCCCCAAAAAUAAAACUCUUAUGGAAGGGACAAAUGGCGAUAUGACAAAGCAAAGUGGUAGCCUCUUUAGCUUGUGAUAGCCUGACUCCAAGGGCUCAUCAACACUUCCACUUGUCUCACUCCUUUCCUACAGAAAACCCACUGCCUAGCUCUAAAUCAGAGCAAACUUCAGUCCAGACAAAACCCAAAUUGCACUCCCAUUAAGUGCUAAAGAGCGGUUUUCCCCAGAGGAAAGCAGCGGAACAAGAGGAAGUUUGGAUAAGCCCUGAAUAUGCUUUGAACUUGACAGCACUUUUUAAGGAUGUACACCAGGGGCUAGCAGGUUACCAAAUGGCAGUCCAGAUGUCAUACCUGUAGCCCCAUCUGCUGGUGUUUCUUCACAUCCUGUGCACAGGAAAUGACUAGUUUGGCUUUGAAACAAGUAAUAAGGCAUGACUAGCUUUUUCCAGCAGAAAACAUCUCAGGUGGCAAAACGGCAUAUUGGGAUCAAGAAGCAGAGGGAAGGGGGCCCUUUGGAAAAGUGGCCAGCACCCUUCUGUUGAAUCUGUUGUUAAUCAGAAUUUUGAUUCUGAUUAAUGGAUUUUCAUUACUUAAUUUGAACCUUGGUAAGAAAGUGAAGUUUUGGUCAGUGAGCCAAGAUGGCUACAAGGUUUUGACAACGGCUUGGAUACUUCUUGCUGCGUUCGCAGCCCACCAUAUCCCUGGGGUUACAGUUAAGGAACACCUUCUUUCUGAUUAUCACAAAGUCUUUCUAAGAAAACUUGUUCUAGUCUUCUGAGUCAGAGAAGGAGGGUCUUGGAACCUCAAUGCUACUUCCCACCCAGCUCCAAUAAAAUAGACCCACCUUUGGGUUUUGCUCAAUAUUGUAUGGUGCUACUCAACCAGCCCCACCCUCCCAGCAUGUAGGUUGUUGCAAGCUGGCCCCUGAGAUCUGACACCCCCACCAUGGCCACCCUCUCCUCUCCCUCUCCCUUCCCCAGAGCAGGCAGCUUGCCUAUCCUCCUUGAUCUGAAGCUGUUGAAUAAAAGGUGUCUACCUGUUGCCAUCUAUAUGCUAAUAGCUCUUUGCUAUCGUUUUGCGCAUCUGAAGCCCUCUGGUGGACCAUAGGCGGUACAAAAGGGUGAGUUUAGCUGCCUGCUGGACUGUUUCUCUUCCAUUUAAAAUGAUAUAUCUAUAUAUAUCUCACUAUAUAUAUAUACAUAUAUACACACACAUAUAUAUGUCUCUCUCUCUUUGCUUUCUGCUUGCUUGCAUGGGGCUGCAGCUGAGAUGAUGACCAUGAAGUUUCACAUCCAUUGAAUUCUCUCUGAAUCGGGGAAACUGACCAUGCCACAACUAACUGUUGCGGUUACUAACACCGCUGCUUCGUACUACCUGCAGUAGCUGUUACAGAUGCAUGAACGGAGCAGGGGUGGGGAGGGAACACUCCUGUCCAUCCAUCAUGGGGCAUGCUGAUCAAUGAGAGGGAAUGGGGCAGAAAUCUCUGUCCCAUGGUCCCCCACCCCCAGUAGCAGCUGUACUGAGCCUACCUAGCUACAUUCUCUGUGGACGGUAUCUGCUUCUGUCUAUACAAAAUUGCCCAUAGCCUGAAAGCGAGGCUCCAUCCAGCGCAAGGCCUCAAUACUUUGUUGAACAGACUUUCUCCUCUUCUGCCAGGAGGGAAGAAAGGAGUGAGAGCUUCCUGCUCUAGCCUAGGAAGCGCUGGCUCUCAGCACUUCAGGCCAGGAAUCAGGAACUGGGGUUCUGGGGGAUGAGGGCUCAGCCAAGUUAAACAUCAUGGGUGGGCGGCCCCUCUAAAGGCACAGGAUCCGCCCUUGCCGUUGGCAGGUAGUAUGAAGUCUAUGGAUUUGAUGAAUACUGAUAGCCUAACCGUAGCUGCUGUCUACUGUAGUUCAGAAUCUGGGAGAAGCCCCCAGCCUGGAUCAGGCAGCCCAGGUCUGACCUGAGAGCAACACGCACAACUGCAUUGGCAUCAUGCAGGCUCUCUUUUCCUUCCAUGUCCUUACAAAGCUGACAUCUUGCUCCAUGAAUGACUUCUGAAAGUCAGUGGAAAUGUAGGGGCUAAAGAGUGGAGGGCUGGAUGUGAGCUGCUGGAUUGCAGGACUGGGAAAGAGACUCAGCAGAGCCCUUGCUGCCAAUCAGAGCAGGCAGCACUGAGCAGCAAGGAGGAUCCACUGCCUGACUUACAAUCAGGUAGUUUCAUGUGUCUGGAGCAGGAGAGCACAUGCUUUGCACGCAGAAUGUCCAUCUCCAUCUCCAGCAGCAGCAGUGCUGGGGAAGACCCUGGAGGACCAAGCACCUCAUCUUACCUGCUUUUCUGCACAGUUACAGGUUAUGCUGUCCUUGUUCCUCAUUUGUUGUGGGGUCUGUUCUCCACCCAGCCAAUCUUGCAGUUUGUUGGGCAUCUUGUUCUUGGGACUGCCUCAGAUAUGAGAUUUUAUUUCAUAUAUUCUUUUAGUUAUAUCAUUAUUUUACAAUGUGAACCAUAUCAGAGUAGCCAGCAAGAUUCAAUGGCAACUUUCCUCCUCGAAGCUGGCAGCAGCGAUGAAGAAAAUCAUCCUUAAGAUUUCUUGUAUAGCUUUCUUUCCAUUCUCUGCUGAGUCCUUUAGUGGCUUAAUCAUGGGGUUUGUCCACAACUGAGCAUUAUUGAGCUGUUAAUGCACUUCCCCCCCCCCCACCCCACAUUUGAAUUAGUCCACGGCUGCAUAUACAUGAAUUUGCCUAUGAGGAAGAACUUUUAUCUUUCUUGUUCAUGUCAGUAAGCAUUCCCUUUUGCGUUUUUCCCUGCCUUCUAAUUUGCUGAUUCAGUUGUGCCGAAUAAAUACUGACAGGGCAUGUGUACAGAUAACUGGGCAGGCAAUUUUUAAUUCUUAGCACACACUUUUGUAGCUUUCUGACUUUGUGCAAAUCUGAAGGAUCAAAAGAAAAUAUCUAAGGCCAGGAAGGCUCCUCCUAAGGCUCCUCCAUUCAGGAGUGUGCCAGAAAAGAAAACAAUUGUAUGUUUUCAGCACAUACUUUGAGAUUAAUACUGUUCAGUAUUUGGUGCAGAUUUGUGUGUGUGUGUGUGGUUUGGUUGUACAGUUUUCUGGUUUUGUGCAAAUUUGAGAGAUCAAAAGAGAAAAAACCACACGGCUGUACACCAUUCGGGAGUGCAGUGAAAAUAAUUAAGAAUAUGACUGGAAAAGAAAUGAUAGUAUUGAGAUAGUACUGAGCAUGGAAAGGUGAGUAGCAGAAAGUGAAAAUAGAUCCGCCCACCCCUAAAUAAAUAGUUUGCAGUUCCAAGUGCAGUAGUUUGGAGCCCAAUUUCCACUAACGUCACAUUCCCCCUGUGUUGGGAAAGGAUUGGUGUUUGAGGGUAACAUCAUGUGGAUAAUACAAAUUAAAUGGGAAAGCAAACAGCUGCAAACACACAAUAAACUCUGGUGUGAACAAACCCACUGAUGUUUGUCCAGAAAAAGCCCUCUCCUCAAAACAAAACAAAACCACACACCCCACAACAAUUCUGAAAGUCUUACAUCUCAAGUGGUGACCGCAUCUUCCCAGAAUAUGUCUUCCUAUCCUGUUGCAGGUGUUGAGCUUGUCACAUUUCUUUCUAUGGCUGUCUAGUAGGAGUUUAUUAGCUACAUGGUAGUUUUUUAAUUGGAUUAAUAGCCAUUCCCUCUACUCGGGGAACUCUUUGGCAUGUAGUUCUGUGUUGGAAUCCUAAAGUUCCCCAGCAAGAUAAUUUCUCAACGCCACCAUCAAAACACCGUCAAAUAAAGUAUUUCUCAAGAAACUACUGGAAAGAUGUGGGUUGUGGCUGACACCAUUGUGUGUGUAUGGCUUCACAAUCCAGUGGUGGAAGUGCAUGGAUGCUGAGCAAAUGGAAGUCUGUCCACUGCCUCAGUACUGUGGGCAAGGAAGCCUCCCAUUCACAAAUGCAAGGCUGGACUGAUGCAGAAGAAUUGCUUUUGAAAGGGGCUGGAGAGUCACCUCACACCUAUGUGAACACACUUUGUAACAAGUGUGUGUGAAUGGCAGGGUCUGUUCACUGCGGUGUGGACACCGGUUUUGGACAGUGGAACCCAUUUUGAUGCCAUUUGACUCUCCCGUUACAAAAUCUACUGGCACAUUUGGUAAUGGUGAGGGAGCUUUCCCUUUUAUACAAUACCUUUAAAACAGUUGUGUGCUGCCGAGCUGGGAUUUGAAAAAAGAAAAAGCAACAUGUUUGUUUACUGAUUGUCCCUUAAGUUUGUUGAUGAUGCCAUGUUUGGUAUCCUACAGUAAAAAAUGCCACUGCACCACCUCAUUCUCUCCCUUCGCCUGGCAAUUUUUACAGGGCUGCAAAGUGAGGAGAAUUCCCAGCGUGCAAGGGGGACGUGGGGUGUCUCUCAGUUCAGCUAGGCCUUAAAGGUAAAGGGACCCCUGACCAUUAGGUCCAGUUGUGACCGACUUUGGGGUUGUGCGCUCAUCUCGCUCUAUAGGCUGAGGGAGCCGGCGUUUGUCCGCAGACAGCUUCUGGGUCAUGUGGCCAGCAUGACUAAGCCGCUUCUGGCGAACCAGAGCAGCACACGGAAACGCCGUUUAUCUUCCCGCCGGAGCGGUACCUAUUUAUCUACUUGCACUUUGACGUGCUUUCGAACUGCUAGGUUGGCAGGAGCAGGGACUGAACAACGGGAGCUCACCCCAUCAUGGGGAUUCGAACCGCCAACCUUCUGAUCGGCAAGUUCUAGGCUCUGUGGUUUAACCCACAGCGCCACCCGCGUCCCUAUCAGCCUGGCCUUAGAGGCAUGAUAAAUAGCUUCAGGAUUGUGUCCAUGGAGCAGCCCCAUAGCACAGCUUGUGAAGGGAGGUGUUAGGACAGCUGCUCUGACAGGUAGAAACAGUUGCUGCUAGGACUAGGCACCUAGGGGGUGAGCAAAGAGAAAACUCACAGUGCUGAUGAGAGAGGGGGACAUGAGAGUCCAGAGCCUGGGGCUGACUCAGAAACACAUAAAGGCAGGCACAGUAAGAGAGAGCCCCCCAAAGUGCUGAGAGGGAGGCCUUGCGGCAGGAGGCAGAGUCUUUCCUAGUAGUAAGUGCAGGCAGCCACUUCCCAACAAAAGCCAUGAAAGCUGCUACAUUUGGCCAUCAGCUGAGCAUCUGUAAUAUGGAUCUUUGCUUUGCAAAGGAUCUUGAUCUGACAGCUGACCUAAAAGCAUUCUAGGGGAUGAACCCCAAAAUACCAUUUUAGUUAUUCAACUAUGUUCUAUUUAGGCGGGUGGAGGAGAGUCCAAUCAGGUCCUUCAGUAAUUUUGCAGAUUUGUCGAAGGGAAGCGAGAGCUUUAAUCUCACUGGCAACCACAGGGCACUUCCACACAAAUCAGCACCAAAUCUGGACCUGCCAUGGCGCACCAACCCUGUAAGAUAACCCAGUAGCAACAGGUGUCCCAUUCUCUUUUUGUCUCUCCCUCUCCUUGCUACCAACCAUGUAUGUCACUUGGGGCAUAGUAUAGGAUUCCCACUUCUCUCUGUUGAUCUCAGGAGUAGGAAAACAGCUAGAUGAACUCCCAUGUCUCCUACUUGACAAUUCCUGCCUUCCCAGGCGCCUUAACAACAGUUGUAUAGUCCAAUGUCGGGAGAUGGAUCACCCGCCGUUGAAGGUAUCCAGGAUUCAGAAAAGCCCAGGAAUCCAAAUCAGCAGUUUUAUGCAAAAUGAAAAUAUAAAAUAGGGAGUGAAUAUGCAGAUCAAAAUGGAGAUAAAAACACUAUGCCAGAAUGUUGGAUGAUGAUGAUGAUGAUGAUUUUAUUUAUACCCCACCCAUCAAAUAAGUUUUACUCAGCAUAGGCUGUUGUUUCUACUUCUGUGUAAGCUGCCUUGAGUCCCUGUCAGGGAAAAAGGUGGGAUAUAAAUAAAUAUAAUAAUGAAAAUUAAUGGUCCUAACUUAGCCAUGUCUAUUGUUUCAAAUGGAUCUACUCUGCCUGGGCAUUCUGAGCCAGGGACAAAGGUGUGUGGAGGUGAGGAAUAGGAGCCACCUGUGCCAUGGUCCGUCCCUUCAGGGAGAAUUAGGUGGUUGCAUGUUCAGGUGGCUUUGGGCACCUGUUUUUAGCAUGGUUCAUGUCAGCCCAGACCCACUCCUGUGCCUCCACCUCCUCCUCACGUUGCAACCCCCAGGACUUCUGCUUCAGGCGGCCUUGACCAUCUCUGCUACUUUGAUUUCCCCACAAGAGCAAACGAGAGAGAGCUGCUGCUGCUCUGCCCUCCUAUACAAGGCCACACCUGCUGCGGCUGCGGCUGCCGUUGCUGUGCAUGUGCGGGACACACAUCUCUGAAUGCUGCUGCUGCUCCUUCCCAGUUGCCAUGAGAAUUUGUACAGCCCCCAUUCACCUCACAGCACAAAGCGCUCACACAGCUGGCCUCUUUCAGUUAGAAGCUCUGAGGCAGGCCUAGUCUGGCUUCUCUUGUCCAGGUCUCUGUCCUGGUUCAGGAGUGGGCAAAUGCUGCAGCAGCUGCUUUUGCCAUGACAAGGAGUCACAAUGCAUAGGAAGAUUUUGAGGUUUGAAACCUGGGCCUAACCUAAUAACCCAUCCAUGAGUAUAUAUAUGUGUGUGCAUGCAUAAGCCUCAGAGUCAGUGUGAUCGGCUGGCUAGAUGAAGCCUCUGGAUUGGACAGACAUAACAUAAGUCCUGGGACUCUGGGCUUUCUUACUCUGCCUGCUCAACAGAGCACUACGGUCUGCCUGCUCCAGCUCUCAGUUCCAGUGACUGACCUCCAAGGCAUCUUUGGGCUUGAGAAUAUGCACUGCUGGUCUGGAUACAGGAAUAGCUGUCCACAGCUCUGACCUGGAGUGGAGAAGCCUUAGCUGGGAUCUGAUCUGUAGUUCAGCAUGGCUGUUUCCAGAGCUCCUGCAAUGGGGUUUCAUGGUUCCUCUGCCAGUGGUGACCCUUCCAUACUAGUGCAAUGGUGCUCUGGCACUGCCCUGUGAGCUUUGCACAGGAAUGGGGUCCUGGCCCCUUCACUUGCACACAGGGCAUUCCCUGGAAGCAGUGGAGGAGGGAAGCAUGUAGCUCAGCUGUGUGAGACAUUUCUAAUUGGGAAAGGGGUGGGGUUUCCCGCUGGCAAGGCAACACUGUCUUGGCCCCACAGCUUGGGGGCUGCUCAGGGAACAUCUGUCAUAGCUGUAUAAGGGGUUCCUUGCACUUUUGCAUGUCAAAGCAGGCUUAGCUGUUGCUGCCAUUUCAUGUUAAAGAAGAAAAAUGGGCAAUUGGCAAAAAGAUAUAUAUACUAUGUUCAGUGAGUAAGUUUCCUUAUAUGUACAGCCCUCUCAUGAAUAUGGUUGAAUAAAAAAGACCUCUCUAGCCAAAGUGUACAUCUUAACAGCUCCAUGAAGGACAUGUCUGAAGGGUUCCCACAGGCAAACCUUUCAGAGCUGCUGUUUUCACAGUUCUCUAUUGAAUGGGGGGUAACCAACAUGGUUCCCCCACCCAAUUUUGCUGGAUCCCAACUCCCAUCAUCCCUAACUUUUGGCUAUCCUGGCUAGGGGGAAUUGGAGUCCAAUAUUUUCUGAAGGGCAACCCAUUGGCUAUCUCUGCUGUGCAGCUUCCUCAGGUGCAAAGAUAAAUUUUCCAGAUCUGGGAGUGGUCCCACUGAUAGCAGCAUCUGUAUUUAAACAGGUUGUAGUAUAUUCAUUGCUAUAUUCAAUAAGGGUGACUGAGUACUGACAAUAGUGUGUUUUGGUAAGUAUGUCUCUUACUAUGUUUGAAACCUGAAUUAACCACUAGCCAUUUAUAUGUGACACUGGAUUUUUGGUUUCUUCUGAAGUCUCAUCAGUUUCCCAGUUCUUGUGCCACCUUGAGAGUGCAUAGUUAGAUGGUGUCUUUCUUUCUUUCUUGUUUAACCUGGACUUCUCAUGCCUUGGGCAAAUCCAGCAUCUCCCUGCAGCAUCAGGGCCUGAGAUCCAUCGGUGAGGUGGAAACAACACCAGGGAGAGACUUUCAAAGGUCAAGAGUGAGGCUAAAGAGAAUGGUGGAUUUGUUGUUGGAAAGCCAAUCUGGGGUUAAGCGCAAGAAAGCCACUCAAGGAGGCAGGACAGGUGGGAGCACAGAGAGAAGCCAGUAAUAGGAGCAGUAGGAGGAACUGUUGAGAAACUCUGAAAGGCUGGGAGGGAGGGAAACAGCCAGCAGACAAAUGCCUUUCACUACACAAAGAAGAGAGAUAGGAAGAGGAAGUUUGGCCUGGAAUUAGGCUGGGGAGGCCCUGUUGAAGAAGGGAGGGAGAAAGGGUUGCUGCAGCCCAGUUCUCACAAAGUCCAUGUGACUUAAGACACCCGUCACCACUUGUCUAAACUUGUCCAAAAGAGCAGGGAUGAGAAAAUAACGCAUCACAUGUGGUCUGCGUCAAGGCAGCCACAGCCACCAUUUCCAAAGUAAUCUUGUUCCGUUUGCCUCUUUCAGGAGCUGAAUUCUUUCGAAGUACAAAUCAGUGUGUUAAGUUGCAGGCCACAUGCUCUGGGGUGUCUCUCUUAUUGGGCCUUCUCUCUCUUUUUGCUUUGCAACCCAAAUGAGAGAUCUGGAAAAAGGGAGGAGCCCCCAUUUCCCAAAUUUCCCACGAGCCAUUACUGCUCUAAGAGAAACAGGUAACUGAUUCUAAAGUCCCACCCUGGGGCUCCACCCACUCCACUGCCACCCUCUGCUCCUUUUCCUUCACCGGUCAGUUUCUGACCUUUCGCAUUGCCCCAACCAGUUCUGCUGUCCACUUCAUCCAGCAUUUCUUUGGCUGGGCAUUUUGGAGUCCUCUGUGAUGCAAGACAGCUUUGCAAUGUGCUUUUUACUCACUCAGCCAUUUCUCUGCUCUUACAAAGUUAUUUUCCCCGCCUAACUAGACCUAACUCAUUUUGCUCACAAUAUCGUCAUCUGAAGUUGGGGUGGGGAGGUGGAUAAUUGGGCAGAGGGCUUUGUCCGCAGGUGGCUUUUCAGGGCUUCUGCUUCUGCCAUUGCUUCUUCAAUAUGUUAUGCAACCCCCUUGUGAUUCAUCAAAGAAAGCAGCAAAGGAAAUUCUCUGCUUGGAGGGGGAGUGAGGCAUCUACUUGGCAGCGGGGUGUGGGGGUGUGACCACAUCCUUUAUUGAAAGGAUGCACAGUGAAAGUGUUUCUAGUUUAAAGUUCUCAGCUGCAUCCAUAUCAUCUAAAUUGUAAAUGAAGCUUCUAUCCCACAAGUAAGAUGCUCUGGGUGCUACUGGAAGCAACCGCCCAACCCUCAUCAGAUUAGAAUGGGGAAAGGAGAUGGAAGAUCCCACUCAGUAUUCUGCUCUGUGUGGGGCUUGUUUAACUCUAUGGUGUCUGGAUGUCUGCCUCUGUUGUAGUGUAAUCUUCAUGCCUCGGGGUUUGACCACUAAGUGUACAAAUACCCACUCCACUUUUUAGACUUUUCAACUAAUCAGGGUGUUUUCAACUAUAUUUGAACCAGAUUUCUCUUGCUACUGUAUCUUGUAGUUGAUUCCUGUGCUUCUUCAUCAGUAAAUCACAGUGUCCUCCACGGUGCUUACACGGGUGUAAGUGUGAAUAGGAUUGCACAAUGAAACAUUGGAGAGAGUGGGUGGAAGGGAUAUUUUUAUGCCUAUCCAUUUGGGAGGAGAAACAUGCCAGUGUCUCCUAUUCAGAAUGGCCUAAGUGGUCUCCAAACUUCCUUCCUACUGCUGCAGAAGAUUGGGGGAUAGGUUUGAGGGUGUGCAUUCCCCUUCCAUGGAGUGCUGGCUAGGCCUGUUGAGCCUCACCACCAUCUCCAUUGAAAUGGUAGGAUAGUUCGAGAACAUAGCCAAGGUCUGCUGGGAUGGGAGGCCUUUUUCUGAACAUAUCCCAGAAAAGUCAAAGUGCUCUUCAAAUGUUUGCAGCUUAAUGUUUUUUGCAAAAUAAGAGAAAAUAGCAACACAAUCAAAAGCAAGUGGGAGCAAUAUUAGGAGAUUUGACUAAUGGUAUAUAAAUUUUGCUGAAUACGAUAAAUUGGAAUAUUGGGUCUUUUGCAAAACGGGGAGAAGUGUCUUUGCAUCAAGGAGGAAGGAGAGGAAGGAUGCGAUUUUGGCUGGUGGCGUCAUGGUUGUAUUGAACCUGCAAUUUCAUUAGCACUAUAUAUUAUCGAUUUAGUAGUCUGCACAUAGUUGUAAAACUGGAUAUAGUGUUUCCAACAAAGCAUAAAAUUAUUUUAAACCUACCUGUGUUUGAAACAGUUGCUCAAAGCAAGUUAGUAUCACUCCCCUGCCCCAGCACCAACACAGAAAAAGGGGCCUGAUCCAUCUCUAGCCCAACCUGGUUGCAGGCAGCCAGCAAGCCUAGACAGCAAGGAGCCACCCAUCUAUCGCCAACACAUCCAUUACAUCAAGUUGAGUCUGCACAGGUAUAUGGAGGUGAGGCUCACGUUAAAGGCCACUGUUACAUCUUGUCACAUCAGAAACUGCAGCUCUAGAGUGUACAUCCAUUUCAGCUAAGGAGCAUCACAAAGCUCUUAAUACCUCAAGAGUCAACAAUUGUCUAUCCAUUAAGUAGUUGGUCUGGUGUUUAAACCUCAGCAUUCAAGCAAGUCAGCCACCUGAUUUGGUCCCAAGGAAGGCGUUGUGUAAAUUUCUAGAUGACAUCUGUACUCGCGCAAAUGUGGAAUGUGGCGAGAAUCCGCAUGCAUUUUCCAGACAAUGGCAACUGGUCUCCACCAGUCCAGACACUGCAUGCUGAUGAUGACAGAUGGUGCCAACAAAGCAUGACUUGCAUCCCCUCCACUCCAGCAGAAGUGCUCUGUUAGCCUAGACUUUGCAUGACUCAGCAUGUCUGCAAAGGAGCCACCAGCUUCGAUUGAUCAUGCAUGUCCUCAAUGAGACCCCAUAGCAGGUGGGUCUUCUACCUCAGUGAAUGGGUCCACAAUGGGAAAAUGUGGGCUUUGCAUGGGAAAAGCACGCCUGGCCUGACACAUGUAUCUCCUCUUUCUGAAUUUAACAUGUCUAUUGCCUCAACUCACUGUGAACAUGGUGUGCCUAACCGGCCAGGUUGCAAGUCAAGAGAGAGGUGGGAAGACGCUUGACAAAAGGGCUUUGUGGACAGUGACAAGAACUAUAAAAGAGAGGGAAAGGUUUCUAGCUUCAUGGGGCAAAAAAGGAAAGGUCAUUCCAACCUCUGUCUUGGCCAAGGAGCCAGUUGGGAAGCCUGGCAGACCAGUGUUGUCUCCAACAGAGGCACAUAAAGAGAGAAAUGACAGGAUAAGUCCAUCACCAGGAAGAGUUACUCGUCUGACAAUUUCAGUUGGCGCUAGACAACUUGCCCAUGGCUUCAGCCAGUGGAGGUGCAUUGCCAGAUGAUAUUUUCAUCCCUUCAGCAUGCUCGCUGUCCAGCAAAGAUGGCCAAGCUGGUUGUGAGCAGGUUGUCUGAACCCACCUUGAAAUGAGCAUCAUUCUUGGUCUCAUGGAGAGUUCCUGUGCAUACCUUGAGAUCCUACAGCUGACUGCAACAGAAGGUUCAGGAGAAAGGCUGGUCUUUAUGUUGAACUUAUCUUGGCCAGCUUUUGACCAGAGGUGGGGCUGAGGGAGAGACAAGAAGCCCUUGCCAUGUUGCUACCACUACAUAGCUGUACAUUUUACAUGUAGCUGGUCUUUUUUACACAAAAUGCCAUGUGUCUGAAGGGGCAAUCCAGAUCAGGAACCUUGCUUGGUGAGCAGCAGGGAAUUUGGGCGAAAACACCUGUUUGUUUAUAGGGUCCUGAUUGGGAUCACAGCAGAAGGCAAAGGGUUAAAAGCACACAGACCAUUACGUGCUACCUACUGGGAUUCCAAUAUGGAUCAAGCACCACCACCUCUCUGGAUUUUUUUUUUAAUGUACAUUUAAAUGUUUUUUAUUUAAACAAUUCAUUUAUAUACUACUUAACUACAAUAGUCUAAGCAGUUUACAAAUAAGCAAUACAAAAAGUAUAAACCAGUUAAAACUAUAAAAUCAAACUUCAAUUAAAAGACCAGCUGGGAUUAAAAAAAUAUUUUUAGUAGAUGCCAGAAGUUCAGUAGGCAGGGGACCUGUCUGACUGCAAUUAGGAGUUUCAUAAAAUUGGGCCCACGCUAAAUGUGCGACUACAUGCAUCUGAGCCACAUGGGACUGCUAACAGUGAUGCCCCCCAAAGACCUCAGUGAUCGAACAGGGAUAUAAGGGAUUAGGCCAUCCUUCAGGUGUCUUGCAGCCAAAUUCUUAAAACACAUUGUAAAUUAAUACAAGAAUCUUGAAACUGGCCCGGUUGCGAAUGGGCAGCCAGUACAAACUUGAGCACCAGAGGUUUGUGCUGGCGACAGUCAGACCCCCAACAAGUCUAGCCACAGUGUUUGGAACCAGCUGAAGCCUCUGGACAAGGCCUGAGGGUAGCUCCACGUAGAUGCAUUGCAGUAAUCAAGUAUUGAGGCUUCCAAUGCAUAAAUCACCAUGGCCAGUCUGUCCCUGUCCAAGAACGUCUGUAUUUGACACACCAACAAGGCUGGUAAAAGACAUUCCUAGCUCCUGAGGCCUCCUGAGCUUCUGGGGACAAAGGUGGAUCCAUAAGCACUCCCAAACUGCAAACCUGUUAUUUCAGAAGAAGCAUAGCAGCAUCCAGAACAGGUGACUGGCAUAUAUUCUAGACAGGGGAACUACCAGUCUGCAGAUAGAUCUUCUGUCUUUUCAGAGCUCAAGCUAUUCUCCCCCCCCCCCCCCGCAGCUUUUUCCUAGAAGCUGCUUCAAAUGACACUUGCCUUUUGUGACAACUGGAUACAGUUAAUUUCUUUCUUUUCUUAAAUUAUUAGUGAAAUAUGGGAGAAAAAUGAUGUGGUUACUUCCUCUGCCAAAAAAUAACAGUAAAGAAAUGCAUAAUGCCUUUUCAUUUUUCACACCAAGGGUUUUGGAAACAGAAACGUCAUACCUUUCCCCCAUUUUCCCUUUUCUUUCAUUUCAGAGCGAAAGAAUUGAAAAAGGCCAAGGAACUUGAAGAAAGAGGCGGCGGCGGCAGCAUCCCGUAGCAAUGUGACAUUGCUUUUCAGACUGUUUUCAUUUUCUGUUUUUAGCAGAAACAUGCAACAACUACAAAAAAAAAAAUUAUUAAAAAAAAAAAGAAACUGACUGCAGUGCCGAGAAUUUCGGCUGCAGGAUUUUAAUGGUAAUGUUUAGUCAUUACAUUUGCACUUUCAUGGACAACUUUUAAUUUGUUCAGCAAGACAUCUUGGAACUCAAAUCUUUGGUUGGAUCAUGGGGGGGAAAGUGACACCCGGAAGGCGUUUUCAUGAGUUGCUUCGUUCCUCUCAAAUAUGAAAAAAAAGAGAAGCAAUUAAUUAUCCUUUUCAUAUAGGGCUGUAUUAAAACAAAACAAACAAUGUGUGGAACUGUACAAAUAAUAAUACCAAAAAAAGCAAAAACCCCACAACCCAAGAAUGCUAUUCCUGCACCUGUCAAUCAUCUCCAAGACCCGGAACCGUUGGGAUUCCCUGUGGAAAGGCGCUGCUCACCUUCCUUCCGUCUUGCGCGGGGCCUCCAUCUUCCCUCCUCCAUCACCUCCUUUGCACACCUGUGUCUUUUUGUUCUUCAUCGAAUCUCUCUCUGCAACUUUUUAGAUCUGCUGGUUUUAAAUGUAUCCCGUGGGACUUUUCCCAGAAAGCUGUCAGUGUUUUUAAGGCAAACGGGUAUUUUGCAAGAGGGUGGGGUGCGGGGCGGGGGAGAGAGAAGGGGUGAGCAGCUCAAGCAAAAAGAUCCUUUUGGUUCGGUGGUUUUCCUUUUUCUUUCUCUCUGUCUCUCUGUCUCUCUCUUGUGCUCUCUCUCUCUUUCUCUCUCUCUCUCUCUCUUUCUCGAGCCUUCAAGUAUCUCAGCUGCCAUAUGCACUUCUCAUAUUUGGCACUUUAUUUUCUGGCCUUACUUCACGCAAGAUUUUUACUUCUUUAAUAACAAUGAUGAUUUGUAAAGCAUUUUGGUAACCUGCAGACCUCUUGUUCGACCGAAGAGUCACAUGCAAAUAAGCUGACUGGACAUUUCUACCACCGAAGGGAGCGAGCAGUCGGGUGCUGCAUUCCGGCCAGUAAAUCUCUUGUUUUGGCUAUUUCAUCUCAAAAAAAAAAAAGAAAACCUAGGCAGUUUCUGUACAUAGAGAGAAGGUAGAAAUGGAAAUGAGAAAUAAAUAUUUGAAAGGGA